AUGAGCUCCGGGGAAGGAGCGGAGGAGACGACGAAGGACGCCGGCGACAUCGCGGCGUUCUUCAAGACCGGUAAGCCCCGCAAAUAGGGAAGAGGGGUCAGCUUUAGCUUGACUAAAAGCUGCUCUGCUUUGGGUCCAGGCACGCUGUUCCUAUUUGUGUUGACUGUUUAAGGGACUCUGACAGUCGGAAACUGGGUUGGCUGAAUCAGAUCCAUAUCAUGACCAUUGUGUACAACGGAUCAAGGUGGUCCGCAAGGUUAUGGAAAUAUUCAGAAUAAGGGUGUCCUAUAUGCAUUUUUUUCUGAGCCAAAAAUUCGGACUAUCCGGACAGUAGCCUGGCAACGACAGCUAGAGUGCUAAUCGUCCUGGUUCCAUUUUCGGACACCUACUCUGGACUUAACUCGGCGUGGUUUGCCAGUUUUGCGUGUAGUCUGUAAAAUACUCCAGUGUUUAUUUUGUCCUACCAAAUGCACUUAUUAAGCUCAUUUAGAUAACAACUGGCUGUGAUAAAGAAUAAAAAAGCUGGUUUGACCCAGUAAACGCCAUGACAAAGGAAAGUAUGGGAGCCGUAGGGAUGUAUUUUUAAGUCCAGUCCCAGAACGACACAAUUUAUUCAAAACUACUUUUUAAAAACUGUUAUAACUAUUUAAAGAUGUCAAAUGUUUAACACAUUUUAGACUAAUUUUACGGUGUUGACGUGGGGGUUUGGCUUAUAAAAUGCAGGUCAGGGCUGUCCGAUAAUGGGUCUGGGUGUUCACUAGUUUGUAACAUUAGCUUCAAAUGUUAGCAUGUAAGCUAGUGAAUCCUGAAUCUGAUUUCGUGAAUCCUGUCUGCUAACGGAUGCUAGCUGCUUUAGCACUGCUAGCUUCCCUUUGAACUGACUUAGCUGGCGUGUAUCUGAGCAGCUUUUUUGUCGGGUUAAAUACACGAGUGCAUGUUUUGUCACUGCCACAAACUCUAAGCCCCGUUAACAUCAAUUUUGUCAUGUUUUAUGCUGUAAAAUAACAACACAGCUAUGGGAGCAAUGUAAACAAUACAUGGCGUGGCACAUACAGGCUGGGUGUGCACUGUGCAAGAUAUGCUAGCUUUGCAACACAGCUAUCAAGGCCAAAAAAACUGCCUGUUAUCAUUAUCACUGUCUGUUUGUGAUGAAACACUAAUAUCGGUGACACGGAUCACUUCAUUAAAAGCACCCAGAUGCCCUUGUACUUGGGCAUUUGGUUGUAACAUCAGCUAACAGGGCUAAUUAAGCAGCGAGUAGCUACUGUGAAGUCCUAACGCGGGCCUUACAGUGUUUUUCAGAGGUUGUAACAAAGGCUCAUAAACUGUGAAGUUAUGGGCUUUUAAGGUUCGAUUGAAUAUGCGUUGAGGUUUGCUCUAGCCACCAGACUUUGCAUAGUGAAGCCAUGUGUAAUGAUGAUUCAUCUGUUGUUCAUUUCUGUAUUAAGAGUUUAGACAUUUCUGUGAUGGUUAAAAAUAUAUUUUUAAUGAACGCUUCCUGGGCUGCUCUAGAAUAAAAUGGGGAUCUGUAGUCGAAUGGUCGAAUGUCUAUUUUUGUUGGUCUUUGUUAGAUAAAGCAGAGUAGCUUAUGGGCUGCACUAUGCACAAGCCAGAUAACCCUCUAGCUAUUUCACUGACUGCAAGCAGUGAAUUAGAUCCAGUGUCUGAUGUCAUGUCUGCUUGGGCUAUCACUGACUCCACUGACUGUGCCAGCUUGCUGCUUUUAUGUUUUUAAGGCAAGUUUCCUCUUGAACCAGUAGUUUUGUCCAUCUCUAUCUGCACUGGCUGAAGGGUAACAUUGAUGGUGUUCUCAUAUUUGCAGUGCUGAAAUAUUAAACUGUGGCAUACAAGAUUAAUAGAACACUAUGUGCCAAUUGCCAGCUGUUCUAAUACUCUGCCAUGUGCACUUUUGUGGGAAACUGAGAUUUUGAAAUAUGGUUUGAAGGGUGUAAACAAGGACAAGAAUGUAGAGCAUUGACAUCAAGCCUUUGGCUCCUGUGGUUUUGUGUCUUGUGAGAUAAUAAGCACAGAGGGAAGUUCAGUAUCUACUCUAAGUUGACUUGGUGGCUUUCUCCUGUAGAGAGGGACAAGAUUCACUUUCAAGCAUAAUCUAUAUGUUUAGUUUUGUGUUUGGCACCUUUAGCCACCCUUCUUGAUUGUUGAACAAACUGGAUGCUUAAAAUUAUGAUUAUGACUAUUUUUAGCCAAUAGGGUACUCAAACCCUAACCCUGAUGCGUUUUUGGAGCAGUAAUAUAUCGUGAUAUCUAGAAGUCAGAUUCUUGAUUGAGAUGCUCCCCAUGUUCAACCCUCCUGUCAAGCAAUUGUGGCCUUCAGAGAUAGAAAGUUCCUAAGUUGAAUAAGUAUGCUCCUCCAUUUUACUAUCAAGUGUUUAACAGUUCAAAUAUUUUGCAACCACUCAUCUCUGAACUUCUUAACAUAGCUAUGAGCACUGAUUAUGUAGUAUGUGUUGUUAUACUGUAGUCACACACAGCUUGUAGUCAUGUACCAUGUUUCUUGGUCAGCUGUUGUAUUUUUCCCACAGUUUGAUGCUGUUUAUAUUCUGUUGUACUCCUCUAAUAAUGCAUGGCUCAUUUGUUUACGUACUGAUGUUCCUGAGUAGAGCACAGAGGUGAUUGACCCCCUAUGAUAAGAUAUUACUAUAAUUACAGUGCAAAAAUAGAGGACAGAGAAAAAGCUCUUUUCUGAGCAGAAUGUUUGUUUCAUGUUUGCACAAUACUUUGUCAUUCCUCAUCUCUAUCUGAAAUGAUAAGUUUCAUUAUUCGCCUAAAGUUCUUGCUAAAGGUCUUGUUUAGAAUCUGACGUCUGUUGAAAGCAGUAGUGAAACCAAUAUAUGUCAUGGAUAGGUUUUUUUUUGCUUUACCAAGCUGAAGUUGUAAGGCUUGAGUGUCACACAUUAGGCUCCUCUCCUCUUUGUUUUCCUCAUGAACUUCCUCCUUUCUGAUGUAGGAAUCUUGUUGUGACAUGCACAGGUUUGAGUGUCUUGCCACAGGCUAUGCUUUCCCCCCCUCUAUCUCAGGCUCUUUCCCCAUCUCUUUUUCCAUCCUUUGGCAUUUGGUAUCCUUUGUCUCUUCCCUGUCCUCCCUCUUUGCUUUCUUCCCCCUGCUGUCUGAUAUUUACAGAUGUCCUUCCCUCCUUCAUUCUUGUUUUGCCAUGUUGGGCCCCUCUGUCCUGAUAGAAAAUGACAACUUGUGAAAAAAUGAGCUUACCCUGUCUCGUUCCUCUGUCUUCUAGACUGGAAUUAAUACCUACUCCUCAGAGCUCUGAAAUGGGGAGUUUUGUUAUGGCAGGUUGUCAGUCAAACUCCAAACAUGUACUGGUAUUUGGCUGCACUUAUGAGUAAGAUGCUGAUUCAGUGUUGAUUUCAGAUUUCGUUAUUUCUUGUAAGUAGUGAGUGACAUUAUUCAUGCUGAGGGGAAAAAAACCCAACCACACGGCUGGGUCAACAUGAAUGGAUGUUUAGAUGCUGUUCACAAGGUAGGUCUGUAUGUUUGAAUGAGUGUGUACUUAUGUGUGAGUGUGUGUGUGUAUGCAAGACAGCGGAGUGAAACAGACAAGCAGGAGAGAGCAAAAGAAAUCUGAUCCAGAGCAUGCAUUUAUGACUCAGACCCAUUCACCCAGGAUGAGGUUUGCGCAUACACAUACAUGCAGUCUGAGACUAAUGGAUAUUGAUCCAGGAGAUGGAGACUGAUUGAGGUCCCUUAGUAAAGGUUUCCUGCAGGCUUAAACCUGCCAAGUCAGAUACAGAGCAGAUGCUGUAGUCAAAUGCUGCACAAAGCAGAUUUCUUUUAUCAUCCUGUGUUUAUGGGUCGGAUAGAAACAGAGGAUUGGUGCAUCAUAGAUCAAUGCAGAUGAAAUAUGAAAGGUGAGGUAUGUUGCCAUGUCGUACCCCAUCAUUUAGAGCCUGUUUUUGUGUCUUUUUUUCUCUCCUUGUGGUACUGAUAAAAGAGUAUCUUAUCUUAAGUACUUGGCAUGCUUUUCAGAAGCUUUAAUUAUUGACCCGUACUAUGAAACAACUGCGCAGUACAAUCCGGUUUGAGCUCAACUUGUGCUUUGGUAUGACUCAACUCACUUGGAAGUUGCUGUUAGUAGGGGGCUCCAUCAUCACAAGCUGCAGAGAGUAUCUGCUUUGUUUUUAUGUAUCAUAAAAGUCAAGUUUUUUAUGAAAGAUAUCAGCUUUUGAGCAAAAAAAAACGGUCACCCAGCACAACUCGAUUUUAGAGUGGUCUUAAAUUUAGUGACUUCACUAUUACAAAAAGAUAUCCAUCUUAGCAGGUUAAAGACAUUUUCAGUGCUACAAUUAUGACACAACAGUCUUUUGCUGUGAAAUGUUUAGGGGAUAUGAUGUUUCUGCGUAAGGGAGGUCAACCAGUGCCUCCUCUGAAUUGUGCAAGAAAAUUCUGUAAGGACAGAAUGUAUAUUGCCUCAUAGUUUACAUUUGUCAUCUGAGAUCAAGGAUAAAAGCCAGAUGCAAAUAAUUCAGAAGGAAAAAAAGGAGCAAAGUACUGGGAACAGAGCAGUAAAAUCACUACAUUUUAAGGACAAAUUCUAGGAAGCCUAUGCUGAGAAUGACUAUUUUACACUGGGGCAUCAUUUGGUUUGCAGUGCAAGGGUCUGUGUGUUCCCUCCCAGUUGCUUCUCACAUUCACUCACACUGGCAGCCUCCCAGUUUACCGUCUCUACUGACCCUGUCUCUGUCUCUUCCAUCUCGUCUUCUCCCCCGUCUCUGCGGCGGAGAUCCCGGUGACAUUCACAGUGAUUGGCCUUAUUUUUCUGAAGUUAUAGAAUAUGAGGUACGUUUCUAAGUGACCGCGCUGUUGUGCAACAGAGACAUAAUGAAUGGAACCCAGCUGGAGGCAAAGAUGAUGUUUAUGCGAUUUUAGCCUGUUAUUGAACCUUGCAGAAAGCAAAUGGAUUGUUGGUAAAAAGCUUUUUAGAAAAGGCAGGAGAUUAGGCUCAAACAUGGGGAUAAAAACACAUCUUCUACUCGGACUGUUCCUUUUACUGUGGCAUUAAAGUGUGAUGUUUUGGUUGAAAAGGCAUUUAUCCCUGGAAUAAAGCACUCAUACAUCAAUACGCACAUGUAAGACCAGCAACACAGGCACUUAGGAGCCAUUAGUGGCAAAGACUAUCAUGUUCUGCAUGACGAGUUCCCUCUGUCAUACAGUCGUAAUAAUAGAAAAGUGGUGUGAAUUGCUGGUAGUAUCGGCAAGUAAAGAGGAAAUCAAUCAAUUCCCUGUUUUCUAUGAGUAGCAGUUGCGUAAACAAAUGAGCUUUCUCAUCCCUUAUAACAGACGCAGGUAUGUAAAAUUUUAAAGGCAGAUAAAAGCUGAGUCUGCCAAGCCCCUUCAGUCCACAGUAGUAGGGGUGUUAUGAUUCUACAAAUCUUUGAUUCGAUUUAAUUUUCGAUUUUAGGGUCACGAUUCGAUUCUCGAUUCUUUUUCUUACAGCACAGAGGCCUAUGCCAUUUUUAGGGCUAGUCUAGUCUACGAUCAUUGGUUUUAUUCAUUACAUUUCGUACAGUAAAUCUUAUUCCAAAAGAUGGGCUACAUACAAGUGAUGCAAUUUCCUUUGUUCUUGUGUAAUGUAUCACAUUAAGCACUAAUGGUCAAAUUUAAAUAAUUUAUUGAACUAUCUUGUUUUCAGUGAAGUGAAAAAAACAAAAACAAACAUCAUUACAAACAAAAAUGAGAACUCACACAGGCUCGCGUCGGUUUUACACACCUCCCGGAUGUGGAAGGAGAGGAUUGAUGAACGCCCCUCUGAUUUUGAUUGAGACAUGACGUAAUUUUGAUAGAUUUCGAUAAAAGAUUGAUAACGUGACACCCCUAUAUGGUAGAAAUGUAAUUUUUCUUGGUUUGAACUAUGAAUUUGUUACUCUUUUAUCAAGGUUGUAGCGUACCGUUUUUAUUCAAACAGAUUGUUUCAGGUCGUUCACUCAGUAACAGGAUUAACAUCGCACUGAAGAACUUGAAUUUGUAGCCUGUGACAUGUUCGAUUAAGAAUGAAGAAGAACAUUGGCUCAAAUGGGAGGAAGUAUCCACAGCUCUGCUUGACAAUCACCCUGUAAAAAUUCUCUGUCACGGUAUGUGGCAGAAACUAUGACCUAAUGGAGCUUAACUUCUGGAACCUGUCCCACUUUCAGACUAGAAGCAGCCAGGGCAAUCGCAGUGCAGAGAAAGUAAAAGCUAUUUAUCUCAGGCAAAUGAAAGUGAACUGGAUUCAUCGUAGAUAGUUUUUAGCUUACCUUUUAAUAAAGAUAUUAAUUACAUCAGUUUUAAAUGCCAUGCCAUGUGUUGCCAAAUGUUUUUUUAUUAAAAAAUGCAAUAAAAUAAUUAAUGAAACUAAUGUAAAAUUUUAACUACCAUGGUAACGGGCAAGAAGAAAAAGAAUAAAUCAUAAAGAAAGAGAGAAAAACAUUUGACCUCACAGACUGGGGUCCAAAGUAGAAGUGGUUGGAAAAUCCAGCCCACAGAUGUCUGGCUCAACUAGACACUGUAAUUUUUCAAUCAGAACACUGCGAGCAUAGCCAUCAAAAAGCAUAGAGUGAAGUGAACGGCAGCGGUGUCGUUGGUGGUAGCCUUGAGCAUGCAUGAUGUCAGUGUGAACCCAAGGCGGUCCCACAGUAAUACAACCCUUAACCCGAACAAAAAGCACCAGAUUGCAUUUCAGAGGGACUAGCGUUCACUUCCCCUGCUAGUCAGAUGCUUGCAAACAAGUUUUGUCUCUCUGGAUGUGUCCUACAUGUAGUGUGAAGAGUGACCUGUAACUUUUCACCCAUGAGGCCGGACAAGUUUGGGAGUGACUUGAAAAGUGACAGGAAUAUAACACUGACAGUUAAUAAAACGUUACGCUGAAAUAAUGUUUAAAGAGUGUUAAGGAAAUAGCUGAAUUAAUAUGGCGUGGAUGUACAUGCUAGAGGCUAAAUGCUGUAAGGAUAUAGUGAAGAAUAAAAUGUUAAAAUGUUUUGAUACCAGAAGGUUGAUGUAAUAUAAAUAAUAGAGGAAGCAGAUUGCUGUUCCUCUCACAGAGGGUAUGGAGCAUGUGAGAUAACAGACUGGCCAAGAACUAUUUGAACAACAAAUCUGCUUCCUUAAACAGGAAUAUAUAUAUGUAUAUAUAUAUAUAUCUUUGUAUAUGUAUGUGUGUGUGUUUGAUAAAUAAAUAAAUUAAUAUACUCAUAGCAGAGCUCUGUGGCAGCACUACAAGUCUUUGUCUAUGUGUGUGUGUGUGUGAUGUGUCAGCUCUAAUAGCAUUAGGCGUGUUAGAGGUGAGAGUUCAUUGGAUUACAGACGCUGACCUAAUCUAAUCUGGUGUUUAGAGUCUGGGAUUGCUCUGUGUGUGUGGUUUCAAGACGUUGACAGAGGGGUUUGGGACUAUAAAUUUCUUUGGUGUGCCAGUACACGUGGUUACACACAUGCACAUAAAUAAUAAUAGUUGUAAUAUUGAUUGUGAUGCUCUUUAGGUUUUUGGAUAGCAGCUGGCAGAUUUUGGUUAUUUUGAAUACAUCCAAGUAGAGUGUGUGUGUUAAUUUUGAAUUUAAUGAAAAUAGAGAGGUGAAGCAGAUCAAGUCAGUUUCAAAACAUUAAUUUUAAUUUCAAAUCCUGUUUUUCAAAUUCAAUAUAAUUAUCCAAUUUCAGUUUCUAGUGACACAAAUCUCAGCCCAUACAGAACCUCCACCAGAUGGUUAGGCAGUUCAGAGAAAGUGGAUAUUUCAACAGUAGUACAAGCUAGGGAUGGGCGAUAUGGGCUAAAAACGUUAUCAUGAUAAAUUUUGCCACUCUGGCGAUAAUGAUAAAAGUCACAACUAAAAAAUAUUAUAAUUCCAGUCUGGGUUUCUGUCUUGAGAACCCCACAAUCAUUUUUCUUGGAUGGUACUUACCAGUUGGCAUAGUCAAGUAAGAUACCUAACAGGUCUGAAAUGUGAAAACACUUUCAAUAUUUAUUGCACAGAGUGAACAGCAGCAGCAGCAGAUCCACUGUCCAGUGUCAGACAUACCUGAUUGCACUCGUUGAAGCCCCCAUUUGAAAGGAAAGUUUAUUGCAUUUAUUGUGGGAUGGCAAGUAUUCAUUGUGGAGAAUUUUUCUGACGAUAAAUUGUGAAUGAUUAUUUAUCGUCCAACCCUAGUCCAAGCGAUAUCAGUUGCAAAGGUAGCGCUCUGUAUUUCAGGUUGUACCCUUUACUCAUAUCAACCAAACUCACCUGGCUUAGUAGUCUGUAACCAUAGUUACAAAAAUGACUGAUGUUAAGUCUUUGCUAACAAGCCUAUAAACCAAGUCAGCAGUAAAACGCUCACACAAACAGGUUUCUGCCCAGACAGGGACAUAAUAAGACCAAAGGCUGAUAACAGAUAAUGGGUUUCUAUGGUCCUGAUAUGAGCCACUUGGCAAAGGUGGAUUGUUUUCUGCUUUAGGGUGCUUUAAAAACAAAGGUUUUCUUGUACAGCUCCAAACCAACCAAAGAGGAAGAACUUGAUCAUGGUUGAAAAUAGCUGUCAAUCAGUAAGGUGAGGCAGAGCAGAGUAUAAAGUUAACAGAAGAAACCAGAAGUGGAAAGUUGCUUAUGUGCAACAGUUGGCCACUCGGUUUCUGUGAUGUUUGUUUUGUUUUUGCUGAUGAAUGUCAUCUUUAAAAAAAAUUAAUAAUGUCAAAUAUUGUCUGAUAGUAAAUGAAGAUUGCAGAUGCCUAAAUAAAAGUUUUUGGCUCGCUUGAAUUCUCAUUUGGGAAUGGCUGUAACUAUGGCUGUCCUGAUACGAUAUUGAUAUCGGAUAUCGUCCGAUAUCAGCCAAAAAACAAAUAUCAGACUAUAUCAGCACUCCGAUACAAGCAGUCCAUUCCAGACUCCACUCCGGCACCUCUAGCUAGCAGCGCCUGGAUCUAGCAUGCAGAGCCCACGUGAUCACAACAACAGUGUGUACUAAGGUACUAACAAAGUAGCAAGGAGUAACAGCGAUGUCGGCUGUGUGGCUGUAUUUUUCGUUAAAGUCCGAAAAAGACAUUGCAGCUGAGUGCAAAACUUGUCAUGCACAAGUUUGUGCCAAUAUCGGAUCAAUAUCAGUAUUGGACGAUAUUGAAGGCUACAAUAUCAGUAUCGUAUCGGAAGUAAAAAGUUGCAUCGGGACACCUCAGCUGUAACACGCAUACAGCACAAACAUACACUCUUGCACACACGCAAACCUCUUGCCUCUCUGUGUGUUUAUAAAAGGAGCUUGUCCCACUUUCCCCUCUCAUCUGCUGUGGUCUUGUUCGUUAAUUUCUCUGGCGUGAUUGCUAAUUGGUGUGAGCUCAGAGAAAAAACUUUGCCUACCCACCGCUGUCUUCUUCGCACAAGCUGGAACUAGAGAGGAAGAAAAGUCGAGGGGGCACGGAGAAAAAUGGAGAGAGGAUGGAGAAGGAGGGGAAGAUGGGAGGUAGGCUGCAUGAGGAGCAGGGUGUUGCAAUUGGCCGUGAGAUCACGUGUGCAAGAUAACCAUUUUCUUUAUGCAUUCUUGCAACAGAAGCAUAAACAAAAGACCUUGGAGUAAAUGAAUGAUUUUAUUGUCCUGUUCAAGAGAAAUAAGGAAGUAGUCUAUUCAGUUCUGGUGAAAGAGAGAAGAGAGAGUGUGAGACAUGCAGUCCAAAGACAAAGUGAGAGAGAGACCUUGAAAGGAUAAUAAAGAGGAGAGAAAUGUAGAUGAUUGCCAACUUGUACAAACAGAGUUUAUUAUAUGUAUUAUCUAUCUAUCUAUCGGUGUAUUAAAGAGGCCAGAUUAAGACGUGAAUCAGCUUUCAAUUGAUUAGAAUCCGUGUGAAAGAUUUGCCAGAAUGCCCUCUGCUCCUAUUUUGAGAGUAGAAAGAGAGAGUGAACCAAACUAGGACAAGUCCUGAAAGACCAUUGUACUCCUUUUUUUGGUCUCCAGUGAAUUCAAAACUGCUAUCUCACUGUUGCCCUCCCCUUCUUGCUCACUUUCUCUUUCUGUCUUUUCCUGUCUUCUCCUCUGACUACUUUUCACCCUGUCCCUUUUCUGAUAAGAGCAGGUAACCGAGAGCAAUUGAUCCAGUGUAAACAUCAUGGUCAGUGGCCCUUUGUGUCUCUAAACGGAGGCCUGUGGACUGCUAAGGUCUUUUAGAGGUCCACUUAGGUCCAAGGUGCCUGCAGGCAAAAUAAGGAACAGUUCAAAGUGGUGGAAUUGGGGGCACAGACUCAGUUUUUCAUCCAGUCUGUGGUGUGUAACAUGGACAGUUCUUCACCUGGGAUCCUGGUUGAGGGUAGAUAACAGUUUUGGGGAUGUCAAAUUUGAGUUUUCAACUCCAGGACUGAAAAGCAUUGGUUCUAUGGACUGAAAAGUUUAUUUAUGUUCAACUGAACCCUGUCAUCAUGGUUGAGUUUUAUGUAGAGAUUGCAAUGAGAUUAUCUACCCAUUAAGGAUUGUUAUGAUUUAUGUGGCUGAUUUGUGUUUCCUUUUCUUAACCCAAGUUUUACUUGUAUUAAUAGACAAAAAUAAUCAUGCAUGGCUAGGGCUUGGCAAUAAACUGAAAAUUUACAGAUAUGGAAAUUUACAACAGUAACCAACGUCAUGUUGCCCAUUUCGGUAUAUAUAGUGUCAAAUAAUUAAAUAGAUAAAUAAAAGUUGGUUUCGGAUGUGUGUAGGUAGGCUAUUUGAGGCCAUAUCGCCCAGCCCUAUGCAUGACCCAUAUCUAUUCAAAAGGUCUAUCUGAUUUUUCCAGUGGUGGUACAAAUGCAUUUUGUAUGCAUGCCAAGGAAAGAAGUUUUUUAUUUAUUCAUUUCAGGCAGUAAAAAAUAAAAAGUUAGAACCAGAAUUUAAUCUACAAAAUCUGCCUUCAUUCAUCUGCCAGUUUUUGUCCAAAUGAUGAAGAUAAACAUCAAGUUCUGGAGUGAAAGAAAAAGGGGGCAGCAGAAAAGAAAGUCAACUUCAUGACUGAUAAAAUUACAUACGAUCACAAAGUACUGCUCAAUAUCUGCAUACUGCUUAUUCCUGAGCAUUCUGGCACAUUUUUUUCAGUGUUUUUAUUGUUGUGUUGCUAUAAUCUCAGGCAGCAGAUAGAACUAGUAGGCAUUGUCUCUUUAUGUUAGCACUGAGUGAAAAACUACAGAAUCCGAAUCAGUGAUCAGAAAUAGCAUAUCAAGUUGGUUCAUAGCUAACAAUCGUUCCUCAUUACCAUGCCCUAAAAGUAAAAUAAAAAUACUAUUUUAACCCAUCUGACACAACCUUGAAUAAUUUGAUGCCACUGAUGUUCAUAAGUUUGUCUGAGCUCUCGUGUCAAAGAAACUCACAGUGCCACACACUUCUUUCAUCUCAGCUGGGUGCCUCCUUUCAGAUGCUGGAGUGAAUUAGUCUUGCUUCUACUGCUUUUAGUGGAGAGACAGACUUUAGUGAAACUUAGCUGCAGAUGGUGGUUUGCUCCAGUUCAGACAGUGCAAACCAAAAUACCUUCAGACAACUGAAGACAGAGCCUUUUUUUGGGAAUGAGCAUUUCAAAUUUGCACAAGUGAAUGUGCUGCCGUGUUUACUUUUAUAACCUUUAUCUCCCGAGAGAACUCUCUUACUCACUACAAACUGCAAGAGCACAUCGAAGCAGUGGUAGCUCUGUGAAAAUCAAUGACUGUAAAUUGUAAAUCACUCUGAAUUUCUCAAAUAUCACUGAGUAUAAAUUCAAACUCUGCUUGCAGAUCUAACUGAAAACUACCAGACACAGAGGAAGUACACUGCAUUUUGUGGUCCAGAGGGACUUUGAUAAAGAAUACUUCAUAUUAUUGAAUAGUAUAUCUGGUGAUAUCAAAAUUAGGAGUACGCUAGAUUAACAAGAGGAUUUAACAGAGGUCGAGAUUACAAGGACACAAAACAUUCAUCUUCUCUUGCAGCUCAGUGUUACUAACUGCUACUUUGACAUCAUGCAGUUUAUUAGGGCUGGGAAGAUUUGCUUUUCGCCUGAUUCGAUUCUUCUACGAUUUUUUUGGAUGCCGAUUCGAUCUAAAUUGCGAUUCUACGAUAUUGUCGAUUUUCUCGAUUUUUAGUCUGCAUUUGUAGCACCAAUGAAACAGUUGAAUGAUUAUGAUUGUCUACUGACUAUUCCUGGAACUAUAUUUCCCCAAAAAUUAAACAUCACAUAUAAGUCAGUUUUUAAGAUUUAUUCUUACAUUUGAAAAAAAAAAAAUCGAUUUAACAAUUGUAAAGCAAAAACUUGCGAUACCUAUAUGAAUCGAUUUUUUUCUACCACUCCUACAGUUUAUAGUCCUCACUAUGUAUGUCAGUAUCAGCACCUACUGCCCUGUGCUCAGUAACAAAAUUGUCUCAGGUGAGUGACCUUAAAAGGGCUGGGUGAUAAACCAAAAUUUUACCAAUACCCAAAUUUAUGACAAUAACCAACAUCAUUUUACCCAUGUCAAUAUAUUCGGUGUCAAAAAAAUAAAUAAAUCAAAGUUGGUUUGGAUGUGUGUAGGUAGGCUAUGGUCUCAUGUCCCUUUAAGAACUGUCCUAUGUCAGAGACGUGACUUCACCCCAUCCAGUCUGUAACAAAGAGGGAAAGAAAGGAGAUGGAGGACGGUUCAAAAGCUGUAGUGGCUGAAGUAGAUAAAAUUAAUGUGGGAGGGGGUGAGCAGCAGCUCGUGGAGUAGUUAUCGUCCAUUUAUCAUUAUCAAGGUGAACUGCUCAAUAUAUCAUGAUAUUGAUAUGGGGCCAUAUCGCCCAGCCCUAUUUAAAGGUAUUAUAUUGUCAAGUGUUCUGACCAUGACUCUAAACUUUUAAAUGUUAGUUAAAUCCCUACAGCUUUUCUAAACAUCCUUCGCUCCGCUUUCUAAGACAUCUUUGACAGCAGGGCAUUGCUCAUUGUUUUUGUGCCUCACACCUCAUUCUGGCCGGUAUGAGCCAGACAAUGGGUAUUUUUAAAUGAAAGGGGGUCUUUCCUCUUCAUGUAUGAGUCAAACGAUGAGUGUGCCUGCCGAGAAGGGAAAGGCAGGGGCCCUCAGAGAGGGUGGCCUUGCGCUAAUGUAGGCUCAGAGGCAGUGUGUGUUGGGACAAGAGAGAGCUGUCUGUGGAAGGGAGCUGAGUUUAGGAUACAGUAUAGCCAGUGUUGAGCCGCGUUCGCUGAGGUCUGUGUGAGUUCACUGUGUAUGACUGUUUGCAUGUUAAAGAGAAGAAGGGAGUUCUGAGGUUUUAUGGGAAUGGCUCCAUCGCAGUUUUUAGAUUUCUCACUUCCUCACCAGUCUAGAUGUUUGUGAGUGUGUGUGAUCUGUUUAACUCUGUCCAAAUGGCCUUGUUAACAUUUUGGCAGUGUGUAUGUGCAGGGUUGUGUGCCUCAACAAACCCAGAGGAAAAGCCUCUAUCAUAACUGCAUGUGUGUAUAACUUUGUCUCCCUUGCUCUGUGCACGUAUGUGUGUUUUCUCUUUUUUUCUGUUCUAUCUGUGUUUGACUCCUGGCUGGUGGACAACUCUUUUUGUUUAGAUUGUGAUAAAAUGUGGGCAACCACUACUGUAGUCUGGUAUUACAUUGUUGCACACUGUGGCUUAAGUGGACAUCUUUGGCAUUGCAAAUAUGUGAAGUAUGUGGAUGUUUGGUUUUUCUCUUGCCUUCCUUUAUUCCCCUGUCUCUCCCCCUCCUUACGCCAUUCACUCUCUGUUAAGUUCUCCCAGGUACACAGCUUUGGAGGAGAUUCCCUUGAGAUCCAUAUGCUCUCUCUCUCUCUCUCUCUCUCUUUCUCUCUCUCUCUCUCUGCGCUGCCCAGCACUGUUUUCCUGUGCUGCGUUUGUGUGUGAGCUUCCCAUGAACACAAGUCCCUUUAGCUUUGACACUUGAUACCAGCAAGUUUGCUCACGCACUUCCAAAAAAAACUGCCCUUAGCAACAUUUAGCUUAAUUAUCACUGUCUGUCACUGUUGCAGCUUCUGCAGAAGAAAACCAGUUUUAUAUAGAGGACUAUUGUUUCAUAAAAACCAGAGUGUCUGAGUGGCAGGCUGCUUUCAAUGAUAUUGGUUCUUUAGAUGUGUGUCUCUCACCUCUGAUUCGUAGACAUCAAGACCCGUACGUAAGAAGCACAUAAUUCCUAGUAACAUGCUAUUAGCUUCUGUGGUUAAUUUUUUCCAAGUAAAGUCAGAAAUUCCUCUUUGACAGCUGAGCUAUCCUGCUUCAGGACACACCUAUGUCCAAAGGCGACAGACCUGAUUGGAGGCAUUAGGGUUGUCUUACAUUGUCCAUUCAUCUGUGUCCUAGUCUUGUGAUUGUGAUGAAUCCAAAAGACCCGAAGGGACGAGUUUAAAAUUGGUACAAAUAUCUUCGACCCAAAGAUGAACUGGCAAGCAUGUUAGUGAUUAAGGGUCAAGACCACUGGGACUCUGCAAACUGUUCUAACCCAUAGUUAAAAAAGGAUGCACUCAUAUUUUGCACUCAUAACUUGCAGUUUAUAGUCAUCCAUCCAUUUACUACGGUGGCCCUGAGGUGCAAAACACAACGGAAAAUCAGAAAACACAACAACAAAAGAGAAACAGAAAACACAUGAACCAUUGUUUUCUCUUUUUGUGUUGUUUUCUGUUUUGUUUUUUCUCUUUAUGUGUUGUAUUUCCUGUUUUGCCUUUGUGUUUUCUCUGUUUGUGUUUUGUUUUCUGAUUUUCUGUUAUUUUUUCUCUUUUUUUGUUGUGUUUUUUGAUUUGCCAUUGUGUUUUCUCUGUUUGUGUUCUGUUUUCUCUUUUGUGUUGUGUUUUUUGAUUUUCCAUUGUGUUUUCUGAUUUGCUGUUGUGUUUUGCAACUCAGGGCCACCAAAGUAUAUGGAUGGAUGACUGUAAACUGCAAGUUGAGGGUUUGAUGGAUGCGCACAGUCACACAGAAGUAAUUCUGGUCUGAGGCAAAACUAAAGAGAAGGCUCUAUAAUUGCUUUAGCUGAAUAUGCUUGACUUCUAUAGAUAUAACUCCAGCAGUGACUUUAAUCCCCAACUAUUUCUGCUCAACUAUCUAAAAGUUGUUGAGGGUGGGAGGGACUGAGAUAAAAGUUCCAGUCCAAAAACUCACUGCAGCGAUGUUUGGGGGAAAUCCAUCACUGGUGCUUUCCUGGUACGGGAAUUUUUGUGGUUAAUUUUAAAAGUUGGUCAGUAGUGUUUUAAUAUAUGUGGUGUAUUGAAACUCAUUGAAAUCAUCUUUGUAGUUUCAGUGGAUUGUAAGUCUUACAUCACAAUAUCAAGGGAUACCGUGUGUAUAUAUAAAAAGUGUCACUUGUACAGUCCAUGUCAAAAAACCAUGUCUUGUGUUAAAUACCACAAAACUCUAACUCAGUCUGCUCCAUCAGACACAGUAGAGAUCCUAUACACUGCAAACCCACAAGCUCCUUCUGUUUCACUGCAGCUCUCUGUAAUGUUAAACAGGAGGAAGAAGCCUGAGUCAGAACAGAGGGAGCAUGUGUGAUUGAGUCAGCCAGUGGAGCGUCCAGCAGCCUGUUUACAUGUUGACGGCACAUGACACUGACUGUAUCCUCCCCUCAGUCACAGCAGCAGCCGCUCUCACACAUGGGCUAUAAGGGCAGGAUCAAUGGGCUGAUUGUUGUAUCGGCUGAGAAACCAGUACGCCUCGGUCAUGGGGUAUAGGGGGAUUAGAGGAUGAUUCCUGCAUGCUCCAAUCAAGUGUUAGAAGAACAUUAUUGUUGACAACAUGGAAUAUUUUCACGUACUAUUUCGUCUUUUUGUUUUUCAUUCUGUGUGACAUUCGAACUUCUUUUUCAUACUCCAAGGCUAUGUUAGAGGAGAGUUUAAAAACACCUUUCAACCAAUGCAGGAAACUAAUUCUGCUUGUCUCAGAACACGUUUUACCCAACAAAACAUGGUACAGACUGCUCGAUGACGCUACUUGUUACCACAGCAACACCAUUGGUAGUGUCACCCUGACCCGCUGUUGUUUUUUAUAGAUGAAAUGACAUGUUUGCAAGUUAAAAUAUCGCAGAAACGUUUACAGUCCAUGUGAGGUUGGUAUCAGAUUCUAAGCAAAUGGCCACUGCUUCAUAACAAUAAUCAGAAGACAACUAUUGGGUUGUUGCGUAUUUCUUUAAACCCUUUACCAUAAAACUUGAUGCUGUUAUAGCUCAGAACAACAAACAAAGUUGUUUCUUUUUCUGUGUUGGUUAAAAACUUUUUUUUUCUGUGUACCUGCAGAUGGAUCCCUCCCAAAAGAGCCAAAAGGAGAUGUUUCGAGCCAGAUUGCAGGUAAAACAAACACAACCCAAUUGUGAAUUUGGGGUGGGUAUUGGCAAGGACCUCAUGUUACGAUAUGUAUCAUGAUAUAUGUGUCACGAUUCGAUGCAAUACGAUACAAUAUGGCUGUAUAUUUGCAAGGACCUUGUGAUACGAUACAUAUCACAAUACGUGUGUCACGAUUCAAUACGAUAUGAUUUGAUACGAUUCAAUACGAUACGGCUGUAUAUUUGCAUGGACCUCACAAUAUGAUACAUAUCAUGAUACAUGUGUCACAAUUCGAUUCGAUACAAUACGAUAUGAUUUGAUCAAUACAGCUGUAUAUUUGCAAGGGCCUCAUGAUACAAGACAUAUCACAAUAUAGUAAUAAUAUAUCAUGGUGUUAAUCCGUCAAAAACACAUGUUGCUGUGAAUGAGGAUACUGGUCCAAGGACAAACUGAGUCAAAACUCUGUUUCAAACAACAAAUACGAUUUUAUUUGACUGCACAAGUGCCACUUAUGCUGAUUUGAAAAAAUCGAAACUUGUUAAAUGUGACGAUACGAUACAUCACCAGACAAAAUAUCGCGAUAAAAUGCUGUAUCAAUUUUUUCUCCCACCCCUAUUGUGCAUACAGUCUGGGGCUGAACAAUAUAUCAUUUGUACAUCACAAUAAAGAUGUCAGUAUACAUGUAUACCAACAGCUUCAAAUAGUGAUUUCCACGUGUCCUUGAAAACCUGGAAAAAAACUAACCAGUUUUAUUCUUCAAAAUUUGCCAUUCUCUGAUCCUCUGUUGGCUUUUCUUUUGAAUCAUAUGUGAUCUUCUGUUCUAAUUCGGCAAUAUAGGCCAAGGCAGAUACGUGUGAUAUGAUGGGCAGCUGCAAGCCAAAUAUUUUCUGCCCCUGAUAUGACAUUUUGUGGAGACUUCUGUCUACUUGGUAUGGAAAAUUUAAGGCCCUCUAGUUGAAAGGAUAAUGCAAAAACAAAUGAUUGACUUUUAUUAAAAAUGAUCCGCAGUGUCCGCCUUUAAAAAUCUCUAGCCUCGAACCCUAGAUACAAAGGAGGACAGUGAUUUGGCAGGUUGCUCUACAGCCCGAGGGCUCCGAGGGAGACAGCUCAAGUGCCUGCAGGAAAGGUGAUAAAAUAAACAUGAAUGCAAUUAUAUGUAGACAAUACUUGGCCUCAUUGUUACUGGUUGGCCUGUCUGCAAAACACUGUUAGGGCAGUGAUCCCUGCCUAGUUUCUGAGAAAGGAGGAUUCAUUUUGUCCAUCUGCUGGCCUGGGUCUGUUGGUCACUGGUCUAACUGGGCAGCUGAAGAGUUGUUGCGACGGGAGAGGGGCCAGUGCGGUUAUGUAAUCAUGUUAAUACCAUUAGACCUAGACAGAUGUGCUGAAGAGCACUUUGCAAGAAGGGAAUUAUGUGGGUUUGUGGGUAUGUGUAUUUCCAUCGCAGCCUUUUUUUUGCCACCCUUUCCCUCCUGGCAGUCGAGUCAAAAUAUAAAGCUGCUCUGAAAUAAGGAAAAUAAACUUAUGUAGAUCUUUAGCAAUCAACUGCAUAAUGCAAGCUAAAAAUGGACUUCUUAGACACCUGCAGAUGGCGUAUUUGUGCAGCUUGACAGCAGGCGGAGCUGCAACUGGCUGCAUGAACUAGAGCAAAAUGACAACACAGUAGCAUCAAGCUGUUCUCUUUGUUUGGCACUAAAGCUGUGAAAACAUGAAUACAUGAGAGGAUAGGAUGUUGGUUUUCUUACUCUUGCUAACAAAGAUGUAUCAGAUAUUAAGCAUAGCAUUGCUAACAGAGUUUUUUUGUUUCUGUCUCGUCAUGGUUUGUCAGAAUGAGAUCAGUUGGCAUCAAAAGGCCCAGGCGAAUGAUCUCCUGGCAAUAAAACAAGCUGUCUUUUCUUUCCCCUCUCUGUAACUCCCCCACCCCUUCUCUGCUGCUGUGUUUGGGUCGCUGGGGUAACCCUGGCCCGUUGCUCGCUCGGUUAGCCUACCCUGCUAUUAGAGGUCUGGACGGAUGGAGAGAACAGAAAGAGGCAGAGGUAAAGGAAAGAGAGAGCGCCGUCUCUCCAGGCCCGAAACUCGGAUUUGGGGACAAAAAAAGAGGAAAACAGGGCAGAAAUGGAGAGUGUGAGCAAAGUGGACUGGAAACAAACACCCAGGCUUUGCUGUGUAAUCAUUUGCUCUGUCAUCUCAGUGUUUCAAGAUAAUAAUACCCCCAUUUUCACAGAAAGACAGACAGACAGGCCAGAUCUUCAGUGGAGCAUGAAAUAAGUGCUCACACAUAUCUUCUAACUGCACCUUUAAGCCCACGAUGCCUCUCUCAGAUCAGAUCAGGCAGCUUGAGAUGGGAUCAUUCCAGUCGAGUUGAAGGGGAUUUUACUCAACAAGCUUAAAGCAGUCAAACUGUAAAACAGGAAGUGAAGCCCGCCUGUGUUUGACUCAUUGUCUCAUCAAUGUAAUGGUAUCAUUUAAGGAGAAACAUUUUUUUGUAAUUAACAGAUAGCAGGAGAUGAGAACAUAUUGUUUAAUUACCAGAUGCUACACUAGGCUGUAAUUACAUUUUAAGUCUUGGUAAUUCGGAAACUGUUUGUUUGUGUGUCUACAAUGGUGACGCUAAUGCAAACUGUAUUCACACAGUAGGUUCAUUGUUGAACUAAUGCAGCUGUGUCUGAUUGCGACAGCCAAUAGGAUCAGAUGUUUUAUUCCUGGUAAGUGGGACAACUCCCCUCCUGUGCGCUGCAGCACCCAAUGAAAGGCUGCUGUGCUAUGGGAGGUGGGGUAGACCACAGACAGAGAUAAUGUUAAUAGAGGGCAAGACCAUAGACUGUAUACACUAUGUUCAACUUGGGUCUGCCUUCCACCAGUAUACAGAUUUGAAGCCAAAAAGCUCUCGGUAUUCCUGUUUUUUUCUCCAUUUCCUGAAACCAACAUUGCGCAGUAGCAUUUACGCAUUUGGUGGGAGAGUCGCCAAGAGUUGCUGUGAUGACGCUCGGCUCAAACAGCGUAUCCCUUGGUCAGCUACACAUUCUUCGUACGCCUAUAGGCUGCAUCAAGUUUCAAUCAUAGAGAACAUGAACCCCCUAAUAACUUUUAAAAACUGAGCUGUACAGAAAAAAGAGGACUUGAGCACAAACCAGUCUUACUAUAACUACAUGUCAACAUCACAACCAGGAGGGGAGAAAAAUUCAUAUUCUGUGUAAUAAAUCUCCAAAGGUUGUCUACAGCUCCAUAGGGAUUGAUGGAAGAGGCGGGAUUUAUGACCUAUACUGCAGCCCGUCAUCAGAGGGUGCUGUUCUCGGGGUGGCUUCACCCAGUGAGGAGGCAGUAUAGGUCAAUUUUAUAUACAGUAAGGAAGUAAAGCAGGGAAUGUGCAAGAAAACAAUCAAGAGACAGAGGGAGGAAUUUUACUCAAUGAAUUCGACCAAACUGAUUUAAUGAAGGGGUUAACUUUUGACCAUGUGUUUUGGUUGUUUUUCAUGGCAGAGUUGUCUUUGAAUGACUGGUUACUUAACUUUUAGACCAUGGGAAAGUGAGAAACAUCCAUGCAUAGUUGAGUCAAAUCAAUAUCAAGUGUCAAAAUCCGAUUAAUUCCAUUGAAGAGUUUCCCACAGUGAAUCAUUCAUAAAAAACGAGCAUGAAGUCCAACCAAACUGCACAUGUUUGUAUCAUUCAGAGUAUCUAUGAUCAGGAUUCAGGUUAGCCGUCCAGGUCAUGGAGGGUAUAUUCCUGUCCAUUCCCUCAUUCAGUAGGAAUCCUUGCCAUUCCCACACAUCCUUCAGGAAGGAAUUCCUGGCAUGCUGCAAAUGUGGGAAGUCCAUAGUUAUGCAGGGAUGCACACGCAUAUGUAAGGUUCUGGUUUCCUUUGACCCACAACAGCUGGUUCAGAACCGAUGCGUCCAAGUCAGCUGCCAGGGAGCCAUCAAGAAACUACUCCUGGUUCUAACCAGCCGUAGAAGAUGCUGUGAGUGUGUGCGCUCAUUUUGUGGUAUGAAUGCAACUUCUCCCCUCCCUUCCCUGGCUGACUGUGCCACCCGUCCCAUCUGCUCUGGUCCAGACAGCUGUUGCAUUCUCUCUGCCUUUUUUUUUCUAAUCACAGAAACACACAGAUUUCGACCCCUCCCUGAGCUAUUUGUCUCAGUCUGUCUAGGGCUCUCUUGUAGAGGUAGUGUUGAGUAAACUGCUUUGUUGCAACAGCCAGCCUAAUGCCCACUUGACCUCUCAGAGGCCCACAGAAGUCCUAAGCCUCUGAGGUGCAUUACAGAGCGUUGACAUGAUAUGACACAGACACACGACCCAGUAUCAGUCUUGACCUGGAAUGAUGGCCUGACUCUGUUGUUUCCACGCUGCAAAGGGUGAUGAACAUUCUUGGCGUAUCGCUCGCAUCCUGUGCCCCUCUUCAUCUGAGGGUGUAGCUUUAGCAUUGGUCACAGCAUUUAUCACCACCCACUACACAGAGACCCAGUGAUACAGGAAAUAUUGGGAUAGUUUACUACCAGCAAAUGAUGCUUGGGAGGAUAUACUCAGGUUGUUGGAUUUUGGAUGCGAAAUCACGACUUCAUCAACUCGGUAAUAACCUCUUAAAUUGUAGAUUUUAAAUGUUUUGCGGAUUCCAGCUGUUUGUCACUAACAGGGAGGGUUACCUGAUGUUUGCUUGACUUGCUGUAAUUUCAGUUUUAGUAUCAGAAAUGCCAGGAUAAUCAAACAUAUCAGUAUACAGGUUUCCUAUGCAAGUAUGGAAAAGUAUGGAAGUAAUUUGAUCAAUUUCCAGGUCUUAAAAAGUAUGGAAAAUGAAAAAUAAAGAAAAAAUAUUUAUGUUUCCAGACUAUUACCACAGUCAUAAAAUUCUGUUUUCUGAAAUAGCAAAGUAGGUAUUUCCAGAAAUAAUUCUGAGAAGUAGGGUAUGGAAAAGUAUGGAAAUUCCAACUGUGUAGGAACCCUGAGUAUAUCUUAAGGUCUUCAAUAAGUCAGUUGCUUUGUAGGUGCCCAGCAGCGUUACAAGUGUAGAAAACUCCUUUUAUUACUUUAUUUUAAUUUACCCUGAUUGGCUUGGUCUUGUCUUAUACUUAGGAAAGUGGCUUCAGUUGAAGAUGCAGUUUUACAUCUUUAUUUAAAUAUCAGGAAUUAUUUCAAUGAAAUGCAUUUUUCAAAUCAUCGUCAACAACUUCAGCUUCUCCAAACUUCUCUUAUAAUCAGACUACAGGUCCUUUCACACCAGGACCGUUUUUGUCGUGCAAUUAUUUCGGACUUCAGUAUCUUUUUUCGAACCCAUAUACCGUCAAUACAAGCGUUCACAUCAGCGACGUUUUCCCGUUCUGCGAUAUUGCGGCAUUUAUUUUUUCUGAUCAUGGUCGAUUUUUCUAAAGUUUCACAUACUGUGUGUCCACUUCUGACCAAUCAGAUUUCAUGUUGUUACGACGUCAGAUUCACCGGUAUAUCCAACAUGGCCGACUGGCUGAUUGUUUAUGAUCGUUUACACAAACAUUACAAAGAUAACGAUCUGAAGGACAAUUUGUGGAGAGUCAUACCGUUAGAUAUCUGAUAUGACGUUAGUUUGUGUGCUUUAACAGUUUGCUAAACGUCUUUGUUUUAACUUUCAUCUGUGCUAACGUAAGCUAACGGUUGUUACCACAGUUUCAUGUGCUUACCUGGUACUGGCCCUGUAGCUCUGUAGGUGAAGUCACGUAUUCACACAGAUAAUUUUUUUUUUUUUAAACCUUCAGAUAAAUUCUAGGGAAUUCUUAUUAUCAUUUAUUCUCAGAUACACAGUGAUGUUUUUCACACCUGGAAGCGUCCCAGCAUGACCACAGUCUAAUAGGGUUGAUUACGAACAGGCUGCAGACAGUGGAGUGACAGCAGGAGCAGACUGUGGUUUGUAUUCGGUGUUAUAUCUAAGCCCGUCUUGCACUGUAAGGGUUUUCCUGAUCAAUAUCAAGUCUUCUGAAGCUAAGCAGCUUCCCUCAGUGAAUAAACGCAGUGCAGGCACAUUAUAAUUACUGCCCCUCCCACACAUUAAGGAUUAAGUCCAGGAAUCUGCCCCUCCGAAGACAGAUAGAUUAGCGGCUCACCUAAUGCCACAUGAGAUGUCGAUUGACUGCAAGCAUCUACAGUGAAGACGGUUCGCUCUAAAGCAGUUUACAGUCAUUGCUACAUUUGGAAAUAUUUGUACCAGCUUUUCCAUGCGGGUAUGUAGACGACACCAAAAUGGGCGGUUUUGGUCGUCUGCUGGAUUGGAAUAUCUCCCCUCAGGAAUCCCAGGAUAAGCUUCAGUUACUCACAUCCUGCCCACAGUGGACUGGGAUCCCUUCAGCACAUCAGCCCUUCACUCUGUCAUUAGCUGUCGGCAGCAGUGGACUACAUUUCCCAUUAGGAAACAAAGCCCCCUCCACAGCAAUUAAUGGAUUUUUAAAGAAUUCUUGGAAGAACUUUUAAGCAUGAUUUGCUGGGCAACCAAUCACAGUUGGCGGUAUGCCCAGGCAGGCUCCUCCCUCAUUCAUCUGACAGGUACAUCGCUGCUUAUGGUGCUGUAAAGUGCUGUGGAAAUUACAUCGUCUAUCUACCAUGAAAUCAUCUCCCUUCCUCCUCUUAACCUCACCAUCAGUUUUUAUAAUAGGCAUGUCUACGUCACACGCUAGUGAUUCAGAUAAAACAACAGGGAAAGAUAACACUGAUUAAUCUGUGCUGCUUUUUCUGGCUCUGCACACUCAUACAUACAUAUGUGCUGAGAAUGAAGAGCAGAGAGAUGACUUUGGUUAAACCACCUGGUCAUGGAUUACAAAUGUGCACAAAUGUAAAGUUAAAAUUAAUUUGAGCUAAAUUAUAUUUUUAGAAGAGAAAAAUAAAGAACAGAAGGGUGGAGGAGGAAAAUAAGACAUUUGAAAGAAGAAGCAUGCUGAGGGAGUCUUUUGGGAACUCAUCAGUUUAUUAGCUUUAUUGUCAGACAAAUGACCUUAUCUUUUUAGUUUAACUUUGUUUGCUUGGGUCCACAUGACCCUCUUCUCGCAACCUUAUUAACUGGGUCGCAGAUGUCUUAGCCUAAUAUAACAUUGGCACAAAAGAGUUCGUUUUUUUUUUUUCUUUUUAAAUUUAUUAGAGAUUUAAUACUGAAAGUUUUUUGUUGCUCAGAACCAAAAAGAACUGACAUCAAGUGUCUUUUUCAGUCCAUCUCAGAAAUUCAAAACCAAUUCAAAGUUGGAACCAGAGCUGAUUUCUUAGUGGCUGAUCUGUGGUCUGUUCUUACCACUUUCCUGCUUGUUUAGUUCUUCUCACUCAAACCCAUCUGCUUUCUUUUUCAUCACUCAUGCUCACUUUUAUCUCUCACCCCCAUCCUGUCCCCUCAAUCCCACCAAACACUGGACGUAAAGAGACGUGCAGAUCAAGUCAUUAUUGGGUCGGUCCGUCAAAGACCACAUUUAGACGUCAGUGCGACGUGCAAAUUAGUUUAGAAAUUCCGACGUCCAAAUUGGACCUCUUUAAGACGUCGCUCUGACGUUAAGAAUUGGACGUCAUCUGAAGACCAAAUCUAGACGUCGGCACAACAUGCAAAAUGGAUCCAAGAUUUAGACGUCACUAUUGGACUUCUUUUAGACGUUGAAAUGACGUCCACAUUUGUACCUCAUUGUCAAAAAAAUAUGUUAAAUAGGUGUCAUUUCGACGUCGCAUUGCGCAGUGGGAUUCUUCAGUCACACUUCCUUUUCAGUCCUAUCAGAGCAAGUUUUGUAACACAAUUUUUUGUUUUUUCUUGUUCUUGUCCCCAUUUUGUUUCUUGCUGAUCAUAUAUCCAAAAAAAACCAAAAACUUCCACAUACGUGCGUGUGCACAUCAGAGAGAGAGAAAGAGAAAGCGAGAGAGAGAGAGAGAGAGGGAGUGACCUGGCUACUUUAUAUUUAGCAGCUGUGCCAUUUUCCAGCGCCCAAGUACUGCAGAGCACAGGGGACAUGAUGUGUCUGUGCAGCUAAACUUGCAGUUUGACAAAAGAAGUCAAACACUUGCUGUCAGGUAAGACUUGCACUGGAGGUUGUACUGUCAUGUACAGUUUCAUUGUCAGUCUUUUCAUAAAAAGUAUGUCAGCUUCUUCAGAUAUUCACAGUCCAAUGUCAUUUAGACGAAGAAAAUAAUUCACUGAACUAGAUAUUGGGCUGAUCAUUGAGAAAUGCGCACUAGUUUUAUGUAAGCAAAGUGAUAGUGUGACUGCAGUCCUUCCCAUAUCUUUCUCUACUUCUACACAUACUAGUACACAUAUGUAGGGGUUUCCUGUGAGUCAUUACGCCCAUAUUUGUUGUAGUCUUUUUCUUUGACCUUUGGUUAUCUUGUUGCUUGGUGACUGCCAGCCAACCAGACUGUGAGUUUGUGGCUAACAUUAAAAAGACGGUUCAAGCCUCAGACUUAUGCUUUUUCACUGACAAAAGGGUAUAUUUGAGAAAUAUUAACAUGUAUUUUGUACAAUCAUGAGGUGUUGGAAAUCAACAUCCCCUUCAAGGCCGAGACCACCAGUAAUAACACCCACAUAACUCAAGUUUUUUCAUCAGUGUAAAACUGCAAUCACAAUCGAGACAUACAAAACAAAAAGUACCUGAUGCUCACUCGCUGCAUUUCCUACGGCUGGUUUAAAAAAAGGAGUAAUUUCUAGACUGCUUCCUGGCAUCAAUUCCCACUCAGUGAUCUUAAUAUUUGUACUUCAAAUGUGAAUAAGAAUAUUUGCAAGAGUUUGUGCUGUUCCCAUAAACCAGCUACACCAAGUUUUCUGUUUCAGCCGUUGCCUAAGGUUUACACACAUCAUCUAAAACAUUUGGAGACAGUGUCCAGUAAACCAAACACAGCCUACACACAACUUAAUCUUCAUUUUCUAGUUCAAAACAGCGUCAAACUGUGCGGUGUUUAGAAAUGUCAUUGAUUACUUUUGCUUGUUUACAGCCAGAUAGGAGAGCUUUGUAGCAUCAUAGUAUUCAACAGUAACCAGAGUUAAGGCCCCAGCUGCUGGUGAACGCCUGCUACAGCUUAAACACAACAUUCGCACAAAAACAAAUUCAGUAAGAUUCAACUGCAACAUAUUAUUUGAAUGGUUUGAAAAGCUACAAAAUAUUUACAGCUUCUAGGGAUUCCUCAGGGUGUGUUGUACCAGUUUCCCUAUCUCGUUUUUUGUUAUUCGCUGUUUGUAAUACUUAGUGUACAAUACAUCAACCAGUGAUGACUGAAAAAAUGACUGUCAAUAGUGAUUUGAUUUCCUUCUUUCUCUUACAUAAAGAGUGAAAUCUGGUCCAUGAGUGGGUCCCAGAAAUAGUGAAAACAAAAGAGCCUCCGUCUGAACCAACCGUCUAUCGUGCAUCAUCUUUUAAAGAACCACGAGCUCACUGUCCUCAGGAGCACAGCGGGGGGAAUGUAGUCGAUCAUGUUAAUUUGUAUUUUGUGGCACCCUGAGGAAAGUUGGGAGACAAAUGAGAGAAGGAUAGAGGAGUAAAAAUAGAGACAGGUCCUGAUUCUCAUCCAUCUUCUCUGGUCGCGAAGAAGAAUUAGCAUCCUCAUUAGCAUACACUCAUAAAGACGACAACAUGCUGAGAUCAGAGAGUGAUAAUACACUCCAUGUGCCUGAAAUGUGUGUGUGUGUGUGUGUGUGCAUCAUAAUAAUAGUACAUGGUCUACCAAGAGAGAGACUGCACACUCCUCUCUACUCAUUAUGUAAUAUGCGCUAACAGUUGUGUGAGUGUGAGGAUGUGUGUGUGUGUGUGUUUCUUUCUCUACAGUAGUGAGCAGGUUGGAGCAGACUGAACAGAGAGUGUGCAGGACUUGAAUAUCAAGCUAAAACAAGAUUCUUACUCUCAUUACAUAAGAUUUAAGAAAUCAGUAAUAUUAUUCUGAAUAUUGAUCUGUAAUUUAUUGUGAUGAAAAUUGUUUCAUUUUUUUUCCGUUGAUGAUUGUCCAUAGCAACAAUAACCUGUGUAGCCCUCUUAAAAUGAGCUUAACCAGCUGUUACUCAUGGUGGGAUGGACAAUGUGAGAUGUGUUGUGAUGUUGGAUAUAGAGGAACCAGGAAUGGAUAAUCUUAUGUAACAAAGAGCACAUGAUUUUCAUGCACAUACUUAUUUUGAGAUGAACAAGUCGUGGUCUGAUUAGAGUUCAGAGGUCGUUACAGUUAAUUAUGUUCUUUCAGUUUUCAUGCAUACAACAAAGCCUGCUGACUUGUGAUUGGUCAACAAACAUACUACGAACAAAAAUGAGGAUUCUUCCCAUGUUGAAAAUCCACACCCCUAAGGACAGAGUACAGGGUGACACAUUUUCAAAGACUCAGACCAGAAAAAAACAGACCUCUGUUCACUAAAACCAGAGCUCUGCUCGCCUGAAGGAUAAACUCUUUUUCCAUUUAUCCUCCUGUGCGAGCCGAGGUUGAGCUGCAAGUUUAAUCAAUUUGGGGAAUUAUGUGUCUAUACAGGCUUGUUUGAACAGGUUCUUACUCAGUGAAUGUCCCCUGAUAGUCAUCCAUUUACUUCUGAACAAAAUAUUAGCAGCACAUCAGGGGCAUAUUUGGCACAAUCACACCCACAAGAUGUAGCUUGACAUUUAUAGGCUGCCAAUUUAUACUUAAGAUUAUUGCUACGGAGCUCCGUUGGUGCGGGAAUUCUCUUGCUAGCCAUUAAGUGCUUUAUUCAUUUAUUCCAGACAAACCAGUCCAACACAUCAGACCUUGAGUACAGUAGAAGAGAAUUAUUUUUUUCAUCAAGACAGAGUUACAGUCAUUAGCAAGCUGGCUUAAAGUCCCACUUCGAUUGCUUUUUUUUUUUUUACUACUUGAAGUGUACUCAGUGGUCCUUAAAUUGUGAUUAUGAAUUUUUUUUAGCCAAAAUCACGUUAGUUAUUUCAUUUUCAAGAGCUUUUCUUCUGCAGAGCUCCAGUAGCUCAUUAGCAAUUCGCCUCUUUGUCAUGGGCGGAGACAGCGCUACUCUGCACACUCCUCUUCAUGCUAACUUAACAGAGCUGGUGCAGCAGAAGUGUCAGGUAACAUAGGAUCUAUUAAGUUCUCAGACACUAUUGUCUUCUGGACAUGAUGAAAGCUAAUAUCAUCAUAUCACACAGUUGUUCUUUGAUCGUCGGAGGCGGAGCUUGCAUUUGUGACAUAGGAAAUCCCACAGUGUCUGAACCUGCUGUUUGGGUCUGUGAGGGGUUCACAGCGAUUUGAAUGCAGAAAUACUCAGAAAUGCACUCAGUUUCUUUUAUGAUAUGUCCUGUAGCAUCAGAAAAAUGCUGUAUGAACAUAUAAAAACAUAAUUUUUUAUUGGAGUGGGUCUUUAAGGUAAUGUCAAGCUGCUCACUUUAAUUUGGUUUAUGCCUGAGAGGUACAAGCACUUAUAGACCGUGAUUUGAAGGGGAGUGCCAGCGUUGGUUUGACUGAAAGAUACCAAAGUAAGUCAAACUGGGUGAAGAAGACUCUACUGUAUAUUUGUUUUCCUUUUUCCUCAACCAGCAGCUUGUUAGUCUCCUGGAUAGUGACAAUGAGAAUUUUUUUUUUUUGCAAAAGCUGAAGAAAAGAGGAAAUUGAGAUUUGACCUAUCUCAAUUUCACUACUAUAUACUUGUGGUGAAACAGGGAGAUAAUUCCACUGUUUGUGUGGUAAGAGAACCAAUUAUUAAUGGGUCAGUUGUUCAUUGUUUACAAAUGUAAGUGACACUAUUUAGCCGUGUUAGUGUUUUGUUUUUCUGCUGGUGCUUACAGUGUCUCUGUGUGUGGCAGAAUGUCUUCAACUAUUUGAUCUGUUUACUUAAAGCUUCAUAAAGACAUUUGCGAUGCCCAGAAGAGGAAUUCUUACAAGAUUAGUUAUCCCGUGUCAUUAUCAGGUGUUGCUUUUAUUCCUAACGUUUAGUCCUUCAGUUUAGUGUCACUUCCAUCUCCUGUGUUCGUUAUAAUAAUUAGCCAGUGUCGUGCUGCUACGAUUAAAAAAACUACACCUGCUCAUUAUUGAUGUGAGUGUGUAAUCAAACUGACACUGCUUUAUGUUUUCCAACUAUUAAAACCUACUGGUAGUUGUGAAAAAUCACUAGCUAUGUUUUUGCUUUAACUGAGCUGAUGAGAACUGAAGUGGCCUGUGGCAUUUGAUGUUGCUUUACCCUGUUUCACCUCUGCUACAGCGAGAGCGACAACAGCUUUUGGUUUCCCUUUAACCUCCCCUCACUUUGGCCUCCCCACUUUGGUCUCUCCAAUCACAGCUGCUACACUUCCUCUUGUUCUGUGUAUUCUUUAUUGGUUGGUGAGCGGGUGGCUUAUUGAUGUUAACUCAUGACGCAUGACCCAUCUAAAACAAGAGUCAAAAAUGUGCUCGUCUCUGGAGUGGAAGGUGACAAAAUCUGCCCUCGACAUUUUCUCUCACAUGGGGUAAAGAGUCGGGAGAUGAACUCUUGUUAUUCUUUCAUUUUAACCUUUUUUUCUUCUUUUAAUCCUCACAGGUUUCAGAAGAAAUGAGGAGAUGAGAGCAAUGGAGGUUCUUCCCAUCCUUAAAGAAAAAGUUGCCUUUUUGUCAGGUAAGAUAAUUUAUGUGUCUAGUUUUAUAAGUCUGUGAAACUCAGCUGUCUAAUCAUGGCAGACGAGACUAAUGGGACAUGAAGUAGAAACCUCGCUUUGCAUAUCUGCACAGCUUGCAGGUAUUCUGCACACAUUAAGCUUAGUCUGUUUUGUAGCUCUUUCUUGCUUCCUCUCUGUUACACAUACACACACACACUAACACACCCCCAAUGGAUAUAAUUACAAGCGUGUACUCUGCCGGAAAAAUCUCAAGGGGUCAAACUCAGGGCCCAGACACUCAACUCUUCGUACUUCUCCGCAUUUGUACAUGGACCGCUCAGAUAUCUGAAUCUGCUGCAGGAGCACAGAGUAUGAGACAGUGCAGUGAUUUUUUUUUUCCCUUCCAAGGAAAGUAAAGCUGCUUCUGACACACGCAGACACACACACAGACACAGACAUGUGCAGACACACUCACACAAACUCAAGAGCCCUGCAAGGGGGGACUCACAGGGGGUCAAGCAGGGGAUAAGGAGAGCCAAGAACAUCUAGCAGGAUUAUUCCUAAAACCCACCAAACAUUAUUCAGCACAUGCAUGUGUGUGUGUAUGUGUGCGUGCAUGUGUGUGUGUAUGUGUGAUAAAGUGUGUAUUAUCUUCAUAUGCAUUUAUGUGCUGAUUGACCAGUAGAUGACAGCAGAAUCAGAUGGGUUAACAAAAUAAAAUGUGUAUCCUGUGUGUAUUUAUGUGCAAAAAGAGUGUGAUAACAACACACUCUUUUUGGCCUCCUUGUGUGUGUGUGUAUGUGUGUGUGUGUGUGUGUGUGUGUGUGUGUGUGUGCGCAAAGGUCAUCGGCAGUAACACUGAUAAGAACUGUGACUCAGACAAACACUAAAAUUCUCAGAGAGAGAGAGAGCGGCGGAGAGGGAGUAAAAAGAGAGAGGAAGGCAGGGCGACGUUGCCAUGGAGAUGACUUACUCUCUGCCACUGCAUCCCAUAGUAGUCGCUUGAGGAAUAAUUGGCUUUGAAAUGAAGAAAGGAGGACGGUAGAGGACGGGCUGAUGGUGGAGAAAAAAAAAAAAGAGGGUAAAUGAGCUAAGCCUAUUACCCUGAAUCUGGCCCCUUGAUAAAUUGCCCAUAUUUGCCCUCACUCAUGUUUGCCUGUUUGCCACGUGAACGUUUGAUUUCCUCCUCUGAGCGGCUGGGCCCACAGGCACACAGCAGCCUGACUGAACUUACUAAUUUGAGUGCCGAGUGCAGCCGUUCUGUGUUUACAGCUAGCACGUGAGGGGAGCAGCUCGCUGCUUCCGGAGCUGGUCAGGAAUUAAAGCACGAAAAAAAUGUCUCUAUCAUGACACCAGAUAAUCAUUAUUCAGUGUGUUUAUUUCAUAAAAACAGCAAAUGCCACCUAACUAGUAAUUAAAAUGACAAAAUAAUAUUCUAAGAUACAAGGCUCAUCGAGGCAGAAAUCCUGUUGAAAUAAAGAUAGCAGAUAGAGGAGGGAGCAGAUGGAAGAGAGAGACUGAAUAAAGCACAGUCCAUUUGUCUGUGGCUGUAUGUCUCUGAAACUUGUGCAAAGGUUUUGAUUUGCUUUAAUUCUUAUUGCAAAGCACACAUGGGUCAGAGCUACUGAUGUAGAUUUUUCUUGGACAGAAACACAUUAUAUAAUACUAUGUUAGGCUUUGUCAAGGCUCUGUCUGGACUGAACGUGUCCUUGUCUCUAGAUGUCAUCUUUUUACUGUUUAAAGUCCCACUCUUAUCAUUUUUUUUCUACUUUAAGUGUUCUCAGUAGUUUUUAAGUUGUGACUAUGAAGUUUUUAGCCAAAAUCACAUUAUCUAUGUCAUUAUCCUGUCAUCUGUCAGGGCUUUUCUUCUGCAGAGCUCCAGUAGAUCAUUAGCAAUUUGCCUCAUAGUCGUGGGCGGAGACAUUGCUGCUCUGCACACUCCUCUUAAUGCUAGCUUGUAGUCUUACAUUGCUGGUGUCGUAGAAGUAGCAGGUAACGUAGUAGCUAUUCUUUACGCUAGCUUGCAGCCUAGCAUUCGGUGUAGUCGAAGUAGCAGGUAACAUUGAGCUAUUCAGCUCUCGGACACUAAUGUCUUUAGGGGCAUGGUGAAGGUUAAUAUCAUAAUUAGCUUUCUUACAAACAUUGCAAUCCGCUAACGCACAGGCUUGUUCCGUAGGAUGAAAUGGGGAAGUCCACGCCCCCAACCCGUUUGAUUGGUUCCUACACAAUCUCUCACUUCUACCUCAAAUGCGCCCCCUCCUGUUUUAAAUUUCACUGCAGUUACAUCGUCACCAUGAAACCUUACCCUUACCCCAACCCUAAUCCUAACCUUUACUAACCUCACCCCUAACCCCUACUAUAGCUUAUAACUCUCCCCCUUUCCUAUCAGAGGAUGAAAAACAACAGGCGAGAAAAGAAGAGAUGCUGUAGGAGCCAGUCAAAUGUGUUGGGAGUGUGGAUUUCCCGAUUUCAUCUUACAGAAAAAAAUUUAGCGUCCUGCGAUUGUCCGCUCUAUUUCUCUUAAACUGGCCAGCAUAGCAGCGCUCUGGGGGCGGAGCUUGGAUUUGUGACAUAGGAAAUCUCACUCAAUCUGAGCCUGCCGUUUCUCAUGAUGUGUCUUGUAGGGUCAGAAAAAUGCCAUAUGAACAAGUAGACAACAAAAAAAACAUGAUUUUUAUCCGAGUGGGUCUUUAAGCUUUUUUAAGCAUCCUCUUUUCCAGUUUAGUGGUGUCUGCCUUGUGUUCUUUGAUAGGAGAUAUUAAUUCAAAUCAAUUGUUGCCAGCCUGUUUAAUUUCGCAGCUCAACGUCUCAUAUUUAACAAGCCAGUCCAUCAUUUGCUGGAUUACUUUAUGCGUUACAAAAACGAACGUCUCAGUCCAGUCAUAUUUUUGUGGAUAAAGUGACAUUUUUAUUGAUUUAAGAAAAUAUGCUGGUUUAAAAAAAAAAUUUUGAUUGUUGUUGCGGUUUUGUGAAUUUUGUGAAGCAAACAAAAUGGAUGUACAUUUAAUUUGACAUGAUCAGUCUUGUUCUCGCUCUCAUUUGACUGUGUGUGUAUUAUUUUGCCUCAGGUGGCAGAGACCGACGCGGAGGUCCGGUGUUAACGUUUCCAUCACGCAGCAACCACGACAGAAUACGAACUGAUGACCUCAGGAGACUGAUAGCCUACCUCGCAGGCAUCCCCAGGUAGCACAAUUUUUCAUUUCAUCUGAGAGAGUAUGCAUGCAUGUCAUUUAUCUAAAGACAAGGAGAACCAAUGACACAAAACCAAGCCAAUGCUCGUAGCAAGUGGACGAGGCUCUGCAAGACACGUGAGAGAGCAGAACGGAGCAUGUGAGGGGGUGAGGGAGAAAUGCAGAGAGAAAUUAUUCAAGACCAGUUUGCUUGCCGCAGCUUCUCUGCUGCCAAAACCCAGUCCUAGUGCCAUGGUAAGAUGCUGAGGUAGAGAGGGGAAGCCAGAGCUAAGAGAGGGAUGUAAUACAGCAAACAAAUGAGGGGAGGAGGAAGGGAGAGAAAGCAGUGUGAAGAGGGAGAAGUGGAGAGGGGGGGUUAAAACUGACAGGGAAGGAGAGCGCAUGCGUGAGGAGGUGUGUGCGAGCGAGCGAGGGAGCGAGCGAGCAAGUGUGCGUGUGUGAAAGCAAAACAAAGUGUCGCAGUAGCUGAGGCAGUGCAGCAGCAGUAGUUUCUGUGGACGAGUAGCUCCUCGCCUCACAGGUAAAAAGAAACAUUUCUCCACUCUAGAUUUCUGUGAAUUCAUCUGUCUCUUUAAGCUGGUGUAUGUCUCAUCCCUCCAUCUGUCCUAAUCCAUCGAUCCUGUCUCUGUCAACACUCAUCUCCAUUUCAGUCACUGUUCCGUCUCCGUGUGGUUUCAAAUCAAUCGAUUCACUUUUAAUUAUAGCCAAACAUUUUCUUUUUUCACUGUUUAACCGCUUCAGGCAUUCAUAACAUCACUGCCAUCAUGUCACGUUUUUGAUAUCUUGUCAUCAGUGUUGAUUUUUGAUGGCCAGAGGUGUUCUAUUUUGGGAGAGGCAACAUCUGCAGGCAGCUGCACACUGGCUUUUGACUAACAGCCUGUUAGAGAGUGAGAGGGAGAUGUCGCUAAAAAGUAUGGAGUUUUUUUUAAGAGGUGCAAGAUUAAUAAAUGUGUGUUGCUAAUAUUUAUAUUGUCAGUUGAAGAGAUCUAAAAUGCUUCAAACCACUGAAGAGAAAAGGAGCAGUCUGAGGUUGUGAGAGAAGUGUAAGAAACAUUUUUCAUUCUUAUAUUCCAUAAAUAACAUUUUUUUUUUUCUUGCCGUGUCUGAUGUCAUUCUGUAAUUCUUGCAGAUUUGGGGUCAGGUGUGUGCAGCAGAUGUGGUUUAUUUCUGCGUGCACGGUUAUGGGAUAAUAAUGUCGACCCCAUAGGGAAUUCAUGCUGCUGAUGCACAAAUGUGCUGAUUUAUAUUUUUAUACUUCUGCACACAUUUGUGAGUCAUUUGUCACAGGUUUGUGUGUGGGUGUGUGUGUGUGUGUGUGUGGGUGGUUGUGGGGGAUGCGUGUUUGCUGCGUAGGCUAGUUCUCACAGUAUAGAAAAUGCGUCAUCACACUGUUUGUUUUGAUUCCCUCCGUUCUUUCCCUCUUUUUCAAUCUGUGUCCCUCUUCUCUUAUCAUCUUUCUCCUUCCCCUUCAUCCCUCUCUCAUCCUUUCCCACGCCUGUCAUCUGUCUCUUCUCUCUCUCACUGUCUCUGGAUUAUGCUCUCUACAAUCCCUCUCUGCCCCUCCCUCACAUCCUCCCUCCUUCUCCUCUUUUUAAUUCCUCCCACUCUUGUCGACCUCCAUCCAUUCCAGCGAGGAGGUGUGUAAACAUGGCUUCACGGUCAUCGUUGAUAUGCGCGGCUCCAAAUGGGAUAGCAUCAAGCCUCUGCUGAAGAUCCUGCAGGAGUCCUUUCCAUCCUGCAUCCACGUCGCCCUCAUCAUCAAACCGGACAACUUCUGGCAGAAGCAGAGAACCAAUUUCGGCAGCUCCAAGUUUGAAUUUGAGGUAAAGAAAUCAAGACUUAAGUUGUUUUGCGUUAGAGUGAAGCAUUUGGGGGAAUAGUGCGCAAUUUGAUUAUCUGGUUAGUAAGUUGCUUGCACAUUUGUUUUUAACCCACUUACACUCUUCACAACACUUCUACUGUUAUUUAGAUUUAAAAGAAACAAAGCGUGUUUCAUUUUAAAUGCUGUACAAUGAGGCAUGCACAACAAACUGUUGCAGUCCUGAUGUGAGGCUCAUAGUCAAAGCUUCAUGGCGCUGGUGUGAUUAUUUACCGAGGCAAAGAGCUUAACUUUUGUUUUUGAUUUGACGUUUAAAAAUUGUGAUUCAGGAGAACGAACGCCUCAAUUUUCCUGUUUGCUGUAUUAAAGCAGCAGAUUAAAAAUGUAGAACAAAAGUCAACCUGAUUCCCCCUGAUUUGCUGUCAGCUGAGCUGUGAUCACGACUGCAGCAGCAAGCCGAGCUGCUCAUCGUCAGCACAUUUCAUUAUUUUUCUCCCCACUGUUUCUCCAGCCAGCUGUCUACCAGAGGAAACAAAUCAUCAAAUUCAAACCCUCAAACAAGCACAAAGCAGAUCAUGAGCACCGGCAUAUGUAAUGCUGACUGUCAGAGCACAUUAUCACCGCUUAUUCAGUGAUGAAUUCUAUUUUCAAGCGAGGACUUUUUCUUAUUUGGGAUUUAUUUCAGUGGCUCGACCUGGUACAUAACUGAAAAAGGACUGCAGGGGUUUAUCAGUGAUGUGUUUUUUUUUUGCUGUUGAGGCUGUAAAGAUGCUGCUGUGUGAUGUGGAGUAAAUGCUCUGUAAUGAGGACCAGAUAACAACUUUCAGCCCUCAAUUUGGUCUGCCUUUAAAGAGCACCCCUCACUGCGAUAAUGAGGAGCCUUUUGAAGAGACGUAUGUACAUUGAUACAAACCCAUGUACGAUUCUGUUUCUCUGUACAGUAUGUACUUCGAUGCCCGUCAAGUGUGUUUCUGAGGCAGUCAUGUGGAAGCAGCACUAAUUGCUCACAUGGCUUUGCUCACAGGUCCGCUGUGGUCUGAUGAUAUCAUAUUGAUUCUUUGAGAGAGAGGAAUAGGCAGAUGCCACAGGGCAGGUUACAAUUACCCACAAGCUGUCCUGACGGACCACAAGGGACAAAGUGUUCAGCGGAUCCACUGCAUGUGUUCCUGUCUUUAUAUAUCACCCUCUGACUGCAUACCUCACAUGUAUUUUAGAGAUUUAUGUAAAACUGAACAUCUGAGCAAACAGGUUUUUCUUUUUCAGUAUUUUCAGCUGAUCAACUCUAAGCACACAUGUUAUUGAUUGUUACCGGAGCAGGCAUGUGUCUCAGUGUGCGCACAAAUGAUUCUCUCUCUCCUGUGGGCAAAGAAGAGAAAAAACGCAGAGGAUGUUGCAGAAUCAAAAGACGACAACCUUGACUUUUAGUGUUGAUGAAUUGUUGGGUUCUGUAUGGGGUGAAAACUACACCCAAUAACCCUGACAACUCCCCCUCUCUCCAUUCAAGAGUACAAAUCAAUUAACUUGGACAACAAUAGCAAACAUAGCAGUAACAGUCCUUUCCCCUGUUAAGAGCCACUGUGCUUUUUUACCCAAGGACAACAAUUUGUUUCUACAUUGUUUGGCCUACACAGCUAUCUAGCUAUCGUUCCGUCUCCAUCCAUCUCUGGCCAUGUGUGUGGGGGUGUUGUGCGGAGGUGGCUGAGCAGAAACACAGAGGCACUGAGACCAAGCAGGGAGACGUUUCCUUACUGUUUUCUCUGAAAUUGAUAUUGUAAUGUAGAGUGGUUAUGUGGAAAGGAUUGGAUUCUACAUUUGAGAGAGCCAAAGGGGAGGGAAAGGGUUUUCUUGUGAUUGAUUUUUGACAUUAGGAGUCAUAUUUACAAUAUGUCCUGAGAGUGUAUGCAAUCAUGUUUGGAACAAGCAGAUUCUGUAAAAGGUUGUUUUCCUCCACUGUAAAUUUGUACGUGAUGCAGGGAGGCUGUAGGGUGACAGUAGGAAAAGACUGAGGUGUGCUUAAGCAGGGCUUGACACUCACUUUUUUCACAAGGAGCGUAUGCGCUCUUAAGUUAAAAAGUAAGGAGCACACAAAAAACUUUAGGGGCACAUUAGAAAUUGAUCGAAUAAUGUGUGUCUUAUCUGUCGACUUAAAUACUAUUAUUUGAAAUCAAUUUUAGGUCACAAUUGGUCACAUGACAUGGAAGCUAUUGAAGGAAAACAGCCAUUUUUGAGAGCAUCAACUGGUAAUUUAUUGAUGGUCCCUUAUUCGACACCCAACGUUGACAGCGAGGAUGCAGAGUAGAUUUAACCGCGCUGCUGUUGCUAUUCCCGGUUAUAUAGAGUGAGAAGACACCGGUAGAUCCGUAGUGAAUGUCCAUCGAAUAUCCAACCUAAAACUCACUUCACCGCUGUAUUUACAUGAAAACAACAUUUGUUGCCUCGGCUGAUUUUUUGUCGUGCGCACAUGUGCCCCUAAAAACAUUUUACAAUUCGCACACAUCUAUUUUAAGUCGCAAAUGUGAAAGUGAAACGGUCGCACUGUCAAGCCCUGUUAAGCCAAAAGUCGAUUUACUUGAUUUUCUAUUCUAUUUCUCAUCUAUUUCACUCACCUUUGCUCCUCAGACCACCAUGGUGUCACUAGAGGGCCUUACCAAGGUUGUCGACCCCUCCCAACUCACGGCGGACUUCGACGGCAGCCUGGACUACAAUCAUGAAGAAUGGAUAGAGGUGGGAUCAACACUCUCACCCUUGCUCUCGAGCUAAACAGAUUGGAGCAUCUAUUCUGACAUCCAUAAAAUCCUCAAUCUAUUAAAAUGCAAAGAUGCUCUGUUGUGUUGUGUGUGCAGAGAACAGGGCAAGAAACCAAACGGAUUAAAUGUGUAUUCAAUCUAAGAGUUGCAGGCAGUGUUGUGUUUGCAGCAGAAGCAAUAGCAAAGCUAAAUGAAGCCCUUUCAUGUGUCAGAUCUGCCACUUAGUUCGGAGCAUUUUCCUAAACACAGUCGCCUCCUUGCUCAGAUGUUUUGCUUUGUUCUUCUACAGGUGCGUGUAGCAUUCGAGGAGUUUUCCGGUCAUGCCACCCAGAUGUUGGCUCGACUUGAAGAGAUGCAAGAAACUGUGUCCAGGAAAGACUUUCCCCAAGAUCUGGAAGGAGCACGGCGGAUGAUAGAGGAGCAUGCUACACUGAAGAAGAAGGUCAUAAAAGCUCCAAUAGAGGAGCUGGACACUGAAGGACAGAGGUAAGACAUCCUCUUUUUCCCUUGGGACAAAGGUAAAACCUGUUUUCGCCUCUAGUAAUAGUUCAUGUGGGGCAGGCUGUAGCGCAGUGGUAGAGUCAGAUCCUCUCUUAAUUGGAAGGCCAGGGGUUCAACCCCAGGUCCCACUGCCCACAUAUUGUGUGUCCUGGGGAAGACACUUGACCCCAAACUGACCCUGCUGGCUGGGUGCAAUGUUGUGUGAAUGGGAAUAGUCAAAACUGAUCAUUACUGAGCAGGCUCUGCCAUCUUUGUAUGAAUGUGGUGUAGAUGGGUGAGUGAAACAUGUGAUACCUUGAGCAGCCAGAAGACUAGAGAAAACACGACAUAAACACAGUUUAUUCAGCAUUUGACUGUUGACUUUAUUGUUGGAAUUAGAGAUGUGAAUGUUUGGUCAAUUAAUGAUAAAACAUCACCGCACCCAUAAGUUAAAUGAGUUUAUGUUUUGUAGUAUUGUACGCCAAAAUGCACAUCACAUGUUGUGUCUGAGCUCUAGCAUAAUAAACCUAUUAAUGUAAAUCGUGCUCAAUUCAGGCUGUUUUUUUCUAGAAUUUUUUCAUCAUCUUAAAAACUAGUUAGCUGGUUAUAUUUGAAAUACCUUUUUAAAAAACAAAGAAAAUGAUCACUUGAGUACAUCUAGGGUGACCGUACGUCCUUUUUUACCCGGACAUGUCCUCUUUUUGGGGGGCUGUAAGGUCUUGUCUGGGGGAGUCCGUUUUUUGUAUGAAAGUUUUGAGUUUGUGUCGCAUGGACUUACUGAGUUAGAAGCGCAUUAAAAAUCCUCGACCCGAAAAACUCGCAAAAUUUAGUAUGCACGACUCUGUGACUCUGACCCACAUAGUCGUGUCCUCUUUUUGGGGAUUCAGAAUAUGGCCACCCUAGUACAUCCCUAGUUGUUAUUUUCUAAAAACAUUCUUAAAAAACUCUAUAAAAGGUUGAAUUAUUAUAUUGAGUCAUUCUGUAAUAAUUUGUCACAUUCAGAUGUUAUCAUAAUAAAGAUAAAUCAUUUAAAAGAAUUAAGUUAUCAGAUAUUUUGUCUUGAUUUUUCAAAAUUUAUUCUUAUUUAUUCAUUCACUUUUACUUUUUUAAGGAGAUAUUGGAAGACUGAUGGGCUGAGGGUUGAUGCGUAAUCUGUGGCUGACCGCUUCUGUAUUCGGGGCCUAUUCUCUGAACACUGAGCCCAAUUAGGGUCCCUUAUGUGCACUCAUGCCAGCAGAUGCAUUAUGGAAAGAGAGACAUUCUCAAUAUAAUCAGAGAAAAAAAAAACAUUUGCAUCCAGCAAAUGAGCUGUGACCUCCUUCAUCGAUAAACUAGCGGGGCCAGCAAAUUGGCCUCCAUUAAACCAUUUGUCUAUCAAGGUUGAUAAAAGACACCCAAACCCUUACUUAAGUGCUUAAUACACUUACUGUCCUGCUUGAACAGAAGUAUAACAUCAGCAGUUUCAUAACAGCUUGAACAAAUCUCAUCCUUGUGAAUACAGAAUGAUUAUUUAUCUACAGUUGAUGUGAUAUUUAACACAUUAAGAGAGAAAAAAGCAUCACACACAAACACAGUUUCUCUCAGGAAAACAAACACAGGCAUGAGUAAUUCAACCUCGUCAUUUAACUACAUAUUAAACCUCAUCUUCAGGUUGCUGCAGCGGAUCCAGAGCAGCGAGUCCUUCUCAAACCGCAACGGCAGCAGUGGCGGCAGCGGUGGCAGCAGCAGUAGUAGCAGCGGGAUGUGUAACGCCGACACCCAGGGUCUGGUGCCAAGGAUCACCCAGCUGUUAGAAAAACUGCACUCCACCAGACAGCACCUCCACCAGGCCUGGCAUGUCCGGAAGCUCCAGCUGGAUCAGUGCUUCCAGCUCCGCUUGUUCGAACAGGAUGCAGAAAAGGUUGGUUGGUAGCCGGUUUCAGGGUCAUUCAGCAUGAGCAGUGAUAUAGUGGUAAUCUAUAAGCGCAGUUGGUGAUCACUGCAGGGCAUAUGACUGCCAAUAUAAACAAUAACUUCAUUACAAGCAGAGAGAAGUAUUGAUUAAUGCUCAUGGACUUGUUUCCUUUUUGUCCAUCGGAUUGAACAAAAGGUUUCUCUCCCGACCACCUCCAGGUACAGGAAACAAGAGACAGAGGAUAAUAGAGUUUCUGCAGGCGCAAGGCCACCUACCCUGCCGCCAGCCUGACAGCUCAGGCGAUGACAGCUGUGGCAGAAAGUGGAAAGAGACAGGGAGAGAAAUUCAGGGAUCCAUGUUUGAGCGACGAGAAUAAAAUAGCAGGUUGCAGCAAUAGGGAGAGAGCUGCAGUCUUGGAUACACUGCAGUAGUAGGAGCUUGUUGCUAGGACACCAUAGGCCAUGAGUUGUUCUCUUGGAGAGCCUAAGAGGAUACUCUUAAUAGAGGCAGUCCAUUUCUCUGUAUACUGGCCUGGAAAGAUGACAAGUAUCUGCUCCCUGCAGCAGUACACAAACACACUCAGGGCCUCUCCACACAGCCAAGUGCCAGCUGUUUGUUUUUAACCUGCCUUUGCAACGAUCUGUGAAACUCAUCACUGAACCAUUUACUUGUGUGUAUAUGUUUUUAUUUUUGGCUCGCUCAUUUCUCUUUUUUUUUUUCUCCUCUGUGUGUCAUUUCUGUCAUCCUCCUUGCAUCAGAUGUUUGACUGGAUCAUGCACAACAAGGGUUUGUUCCUGGCAGGCUACACAGAGAUCGGCAACAACCACCCCCACGCUGUUGAGCUGCAAACCCAGCACAACCACUUCGCAAUGAACUGCAUGGUAAGACACACACAAAUACAUCCAUACGCACUCCCUCACAGCGGGUGGUAGCACUUGUCUGCCCAUUUGGACCAUUAGGUCCACGUCCUGCGAUGUACAGUCAAAUAAUUAAUGGUCUUGUGUUUGUUUGGAGCAGCCUCUGCUUGUGUACGCUUGCACAUUUCUGCGUGUUAGCAGCGGCACAAUCAGGUAUUGAAUAAUCGUAUUCUCUAUCCACAGUAGGUCUUAUGUAACCAUUAUAAAACUGUUGAGCGGAGGAAUCAAUCUAGUUGCUAGAACACUCAGAUGGAAAACAAUAGCGCUCUUCAGUAGCCCUCACUUCAGACUUGGUCCCUUUUUUACUCUAUCAGCACUUUCCUCUCGCCUUUCUUGCGUCUUUCUACUUUUAUUUUGAUCUAAGUCUCUUUUCUUAUCCUUUAUUCUCAGUCAGUGUUAAAUGUGUAAUUUGCCCACUAUUCUUUUUCAAUAAUUCUUCCAUUUUCUCUCCCCUGCGCAGAAUGUCUAUGUGAAUAUUAACCGCAUCAUGUCAGUGGGCAACCGGCUGUUGGAGUCAGGUCACUACGCCUCCCAGCAGAUCAAGCAGAUCUCAGGUCAGCUGGAGAAGGAGUGGAAGGCCUUCGCCGCUGCGCUGGAUGAACGCAGCACACUGUUGGAGAUGUCGGCCAGCUUUCAUCAGAAAUGUGACCAGGUGGGUAAAAACAACAACAAAAAAAAGUAGAGCUUAAACUAAAGAGAAAUCACAACCCCAGACUGUCUUAAAAACAGGGUUAGUUUUAGGGCUGGUGUACGACAGAGUAUUAGGGCCACAUUAAGAAAACGAUGAAUUAAGUCUCGUCAUUACUAAUGAGAAUAAAGUCAUAAUGAAGUAACGACUUACGAGAAUAGUCAUAAUAAAAUCAUUACUUACGAGAAUUAAGUCGUAGUAAAGUGAUCACUUACGAGAGUAAAGUCAGAUUAAAGUCCUCAUAUUCUAACCUGUUGUUUAAGAUGACAGUUGUUGAAAUAUGAGCCAUGGAGCAUUUCGUGAAAAUGUACCUCAAUAUAGGUUUCUUUAACAAGGAGCUACUUAAUCUUUUGGCACAUCAACACCACAUUAUCGUAAGUAUCAUUAUGAUUUUAUUACGACUUUAUUCUCGUAAGUAAUGAUUUAAAUACAACUUUACUCUCGCAAGUAAUUACAUUAUUACAACUUUAUUUUCGUAAGUUAUGAUUUAAUUACGACUUUAUUGUCGUUAGUAUUGACUUUAUUCUUGUCGGAGAACACCUACAUGCCAAGCUUUAGUUCCUGUUAUACAGCUGUACCUCCCACAGCUCUACACAUUGUGAUCGUGCACAAUGUAUAUCAUCUCUACGUUGCUGGGAAAAGAGCAAGUGAGGUGCAUGAAGUGUAAACUUACUCUAGACUUCAUCUCCAAGUCUAAAUUCAUUUUUUGGUGUGGUGUGAAAUGAACAGACCCAUUCAGGAACUGUUUGAUUCAUUUCCAAAUAUUAUCUGUCAGUGGAUCUUCUUAUCCCUCUAUUGGCACAGAUCUAUUCUUUUUGAGUGAGGCUCAAAAGGACCCAGAUUUGGUGAAACUGCAUUUAAUAUAAAUCAGAAACUAGAUGAGAUGCUGACCCGUAUGUUGCCCAGCACAGAAAAGUACAGUAUAUGCACGCACUGGGCUGGUGUAAAAUGCCCAUUUGGCCUUAUUAAGUCCAUAAAGCCUAAAUUAUGCAUGCAUGGUAUUAACAUAUAGCUACUUAUAUUCACACAUGAAAAAUGUAAGUCAUGUGUUGGUGAUGCCUGUUAUGUCUGUCUGAGCUCAUUAGUCGUACCGUUGUGGAGUAAUUCAUGACCCUAAAAAGCAGAAGGGAUGAUCUGAACUUUCCAACCUGGACUAGUGCUGUCAUCAAAGUAGUCUUUCAUGUUUGUGAGCUUGAGCAGACUCAGCUUUAUUCUCAGAGGUUUCCCCCCAACCUGUCCUGACCCAUAUAGAAAAUAAAAAAGCUCGUUUCAAUUCUUUGUUCUAUUUCUGUGCGCGAUUCCAUUUAUCAUGGGAGAUACAUCGGAAACAGAAUAAUGAGAUCAUUUCACCCCUCUGAAGUUUCCUGAAGGGUACCCUUGUUUACAGGUUUGUUUUCCUACCUCCCACAGUUGGGUACAGGAAGUUUAAGAAGUCAUAAAACUGCACACUCAACGUAAGAGAACCAAUGACAAUUCAUUUGGACAUUUCUGGGUGUUUCAGUUUAGUAAAUCGGGAAAAUAGAUCUUCCUGAGGUUGUUUUGCUGCACUCGAGUGUGUCUGACAUUUGACUUGUGUACACCACUGCCAUGGCAUGUGAAAUGCCUUACAUCUGAGUGUGAUUGUCUUCCCCUGCAGUACAUGAGUAAUGUGGACUCCUGGUGUAAGGCAUGCGGCGAGGUGGAUUUGCCCUCUGAACUCCAAGACCUCGAAGAUGCCAUCCAUCACCACCAAGGCCUCUAUGAACACAUUACUGCUUCUUAUUCUGAGGUAAGAAAACACUUCAUCUAUCGAUUUGACUCGCAAAAACAUAAGCCAACAAACAGUCCAAAUCAAAAGGGUCAAAGGAAUCUCAACGAAAACUUCACUCAAACAAUAAAUCAGUCCUCAAAAUAGCUGCUGACAAUUAUUUCCAGAGUUUACUCAGUUGUUUGUGGCUGUGGCUCAGAGGAAGAGUUGUUUGUCUCUUAAUCAGAAGAUCAGGGGUUUCAUCCCAGGUCCCUCUGUCCACACGCUACAGUGUCCCUGGACAGGGUACAUAACCCCUACCCGCCAGUGUGUGUAAAUGAAUCACUUAAAACUGGUGGGCGCUUUACAUAGCAGCCUCUGCCAUCAGUGUGUUAAUGUGGUGUAAGUGGGUGAAUGUGUUUUUUAAUGUAAAAGUGCUUUGAGUGGUCAGAGAACUAGAGAGAGCGCCACAUAAACACAGUCCAUUGAAGUCCAUCCAUUAGUUUUUUUUAAUGCAGCUCUAGUCACAGUUUGGUUUUCUGCUCUAAGAGCCUAAUUCAUAUCAAGUAACCAUGGAAGCCAUUCUCUGUUUUUAACCUUUUAAAUUAAGUUGACUUUUUUUUUUUAAACCCAAAGUCAUCUUCUAAUUUUGAAUGUUGUCUCUAUUUAAAUAAGAAUUUUUGUAGACGUCUCCUGUAAUUUGAAACAUUGGUCUUCACAUCAAUUUGAAAAGUCCCCUUUUUUUUCUGGGCAUGAGAACUUCCCCAAAAAUGAAUCUCAGUGGAACUCCUUCCUUCCUCUUGGCUUUUUCAUUUAUAAUUUAUCAUAGUUUCAGUAUCUUGGUAUAAAACGAAAAGUGCAGCUGUCCAUGACAAUCAUUCACGCAGCUGUUCACACAUAUCAGCAUCUGCAUGAUUUUUAUUCAUGUUACAUAAUCAAACAGUAUUAUCCUAUGUCUUCAUAUUGGUGUUAUGUAAAUAUAAUUACACAACAUUUUGUUUCUGUUCUAUAGGUUAGCCAAGAUGGCAAAGCCUUGUUGGACAAGCUGCAAAGACCUUUGACCCCAGGCAGCGCCGAUUCACUGACAGCAUCAGCAAACUACUCCAAGGCGGUGCACCAUGUCCUUGAUAUCAUCCACGAGGUGCUGCAUCACCAGAGACAGCUGGAGAACAUCUGGCAACACCGCAAAGUUCGGCUGCACCAGCGUCUGCAGCUCUGUGUAUUUCAACAGGAUGUCCAGCAGGUAAAAACGCACAAAGCGAACAAACUUUACAUAUAUUUUUUGUUUACAUACAUGCACUUGAUGCUUUGCACUCAUGGUUUUUCGAGAACUUAACCUCAAUUGCCAGGUUUUUUUAUUAGGGGGGUGUACUGAGCAAAGACAGUAAUUUGAAAAUAGCUAGGUACCAUACUGGUGAAGAGAAUUCUACUCUUAAUAAGGGGUUUGAUCUCAGCAGCAGCAGCAGCAGCCAUGUGUCCUAUCAAAAUAUACUUGAGUCUGGAAUCUUCUGGAGAAAUGCUGUGAGUGUAAACGUUACCUGCCUGCAGGAUGUCAUAAUCAAGUGGUCUCAUGAUAUUAUCACUGCAUGGUGUACAAAAAAUCUCAGACAUUCCUGAGUGUGGUGACAUGGCAGCUGUUUCCAUGGCAACUGAAUUAGGUCAUCUGUCCAUGCAGAUGCGGUUCAUCUUUUAACACUUUGAGGGACAGAGCGCAGGGUGAUGAGUGUGAACAGAAAAAAAGCUCAGUGAUAAAUCGAUCCGUGUUUUUGUCAUUCCUCUCUUUUAACACACUCUUGGGUUAAUUAUCAACACUUCAGGCUUAUCUACCACCUCACAGCGCCCCCUUGUGGUCAAGCCUAUUGUGAAGGUACUGCCUCACUGUGUGCAAUGUGUGGUUUCUGUGCACAGGUGCUGGACUGGAUAGAAAACCAUGGCGAGGCCUUCCUCAGCAAACACACAGGUGUGGGGAAGUCCCUCCACCGAGCCCGAGCUCUGCAGAAGAGACAUGAAGACUUUGAGGAAGUUGCACAGGUCUGUCUCUCAAUGUCCUUUCAUCUAAUAAAUCACUGUGUUGAUUGAGAUGUUGUGUCUUUAAGAGCAGUGACAGCCACCAUCAAUACUGUUCUGUUUGUGUUGUGUUUUCUUUAUCAAUCCAGUAUUAACUUUAGUUAGAGCAUCAUUCUUGCUCUUUAGAGGUUGAAUUAUUCAGCAAAUAUUCCCUUGGUCUAUUAUUGGUAUAAAUCUAUCAUCAUACACUAAGCAUUAACUAGCCAGUUUAUUGGAUGAGACUAUCUCCUUUAUUGUUGCUUCUGUUUUUUAUAACUUGUCAAUCGUGGUGACAGAAAUCCUGUUCACAGCUGAUAACUCACAGUCUGUCAGAUUUAGUGCAACUGUUACCGCUAAAUUUGCUAACCUAAUGUUACAUCUGUGUAUGUAGCAUCUUUCUUUCUGUUCCUCUUCGUUUCAGUGUCAAACACUUUCAGUCUGUACUUCCUCUCAGCAGUUAUCGCCGUGCUCCUCUGCUAUCAUUGGCUGAAAUCAUUCUAUUAGUCUUCUUGCACAUCCUGUUUUUCUGUGUCUCUACUCUUUUUUUCUCCUCUCAUGUCCUGACAGUAUGCUUUAGUUUCAUUGCAUUGUCCCUCUGGGUUAAUCCAUCCCUCUGUCUCUCUAUUGCCUCUGUGCAGAAUACAUACACCAAUGCCGACAAGCUGCUGGAGGCAGCGGAGCAGCUGGCCCAGACCGGAGAGUGUGACCCAGAAGAGAUCUACCAGGCCGCUCACCAGCUCGAAGACAGAAUCCAAGACUUUGUCCGCCGUGUGGAGCAGCGCAAAGUCCUGCUGGACAUGUCUGUUGCCUUCCACACGCACGUCAAAGAGGUAGGCGGCAUAGAUGGCAUAAUGUUGAAGUGGCUGGUGGGUUGAAUGUGUUUGUGUGGUAAUCAUGUCUCUCUUGCACUCUGAGCAAAAGAGAUGUUUUUUUUUUUCAAAGGUCACACAAUUUUUUUUAACUUCAAUGUUAUAUUUUUUAAACAUAAGAAUAUUCUGGAAAUCUCACUUUAUAAAGGAUAGUUAAAAGAUUAAGUAAGUACUAGGAUGAGUUCCGGUUGCUUAUUUUGGAGUAGAUGGUAGUUACUGAUCUGUCUUUAACAAAAGAGAAUUAGAGCCACAAGAAAAGAAAAAAAUUAUUAUAGGAGGGAGAUUUUCUUAAUUUUUAUUUUGAGAUAAAAAAUUUUCAUUUUGAGAUUAUUGUCUUAAUUUAAAAAGUCUGAAUGAGAAAAAAAAUGAAAUUUUAACAUUAAAGUCAAAAUUUUCAGAUUAGAAAAAUCGAAAUUACAUGAAUAAAGUCGGAAUUUUGACUUUACUCUCAAAAAUAAAAAUUUUUUAAUUUCAAUUUUUUAAAUAAUUUAUGACAUUUGGACAUUUUGUAAUCAAAAAAUUUUGACCUAAAUCUCAAAAUUUUAAUUUUUAAUCUCGAAAUGUCCAUGUUUUGACAUAUUUUUUUUUUAUUCUCGAGAUUUUGACUGUAAUCGCAAAAUUUUGACUUUUAUCUCCUUCCUGUAAUUAUUUUUUUUCUCUUCAUGUGGCCCUAAUCCUCUUUCGUCGUCUUUCGUGAUGGUCCUUGUCUUUUGUUUUUUUGUUGUUGUUUUGUUUUUUUGUGAAUUUAAGAGCAAACUCUUAUUCAAGACUCAAUAUUUGUCUUGAAACUUAUCUGAAAAGACGGGGCGUAUAAGACCACUCUGUGCUCUCUAUAUCAUUCUCAUAAAUGUCUUGUAGCUGUGGACAUGGCUGGAGGAGCUCCAGAAAGAGCUGCUGGACGAUGUUUAUGCAGAGUCGGUGGAAGCCGUCCAGGAUCUGAUCAAACGCUUUGGACAGCAGCAGCAAACAACACUGCAGGUCACAGUCAAUGUCAUCAAGGAGGGAGAGGAUCUCAUCCAGCAGCUCAGGUAAAGAUGACUCAUUCUGACUAAAACUUAAACCCGGCGCUGAGUAUUAAAGACAAAAUAAACGAUACAUCAAGAUGUUUCGUUUGAAAGAUAUGAGGAGACAUCUACUCAUCUUAAACUUUUGAUCAAGCUUCUGACGUCAGUAUUUGUUGAAAUGGUACUACGUGGCAGUUCUUGUGUCGUUAUCUUAGCGAAUGUGUCUUUAAUCUUGGUAACAGUCAUUUUUUGACUGUAACAAAACUUUUGAAAUUAUAAUGCGUGGUAAGCAAACAAAACUUUUAAAAAAAUCCCCCCUUGUUACAGGGUUCCUACACAAGUAUGGAAAGUAUGGAAAAAGUAUAGAAAAAAAUGUGAUCAAUUUCCAGGUCUUAAAAAGUAUGGAAAAUUAAAAAUAAAGUAUGGAAAAAUAUUUAUGUUUUCAGACUAUUCUUACAGUUCUAAAAUACUGUUUUCUAAAAGAGAAAAGUAGGUAUUUCCAAAAAGUAAUUCUAAAAAGUAAGAUAUGGAAAAGUAUGAAAAUUCCAACUGUGUAGGAACCCUGUUGUUACUAUGAUCAAGCCCCCCUAGUGUGAAUCAGGCUAAUGCUGGACUGCGAAGUAAAACCAAUAUACUUGAAGCCUAUGAUCAAACUCCUUGUUCAGCAAUAAUUCAGCAGCAACAAAGAAAACUCAUUUACAGUACACCUUCUCAACAAAUGAUGCAGCUCUCCACUGAGCUCAUUAGUACAAUAAAAACAAAGCAAAAGCAUGUUUAGGCCCACUUACAUAAUGGCCCCAUUCUGAUCUUGGCAGGGUAAUUUACACAUGGGCUAAUUUGGCACUGUUUUUGUUGUAAAUAUGUAAAUGCGCGCAGUAACAACUUGGAUUGUGUAAUAUUCAAAAAAGAUGUAUAAACACUAAAAUAGAAAGCUGAGAGGACAGGAGGUGUUGGAGAGCUGGAUGCGGUUAGCUGUCAUUGUCCAACUCUAUAUUUAUUCAGAGGAUGUUCCAGUCCCUCUCUUUCUUUCCUCUUCAUCCUCCCCCCUUUGUUCUCCCUUUUUCUCUCAGUUUCCACCGUUCCCUUCAUUCCUCUCUCUCUCUCUCUCUCUCUCUCUCUCUCGCUCUCUCUCUCUCUCUCUCUCUCUCUCACUCUCUCUGGUGUGUUGGCUAAAAAGUGAAUCCUUACGUAAUUCUGAUUUUGUAAUGGAGUGUAUAAUUGUGCGGCAGUCUCCCCAAGAGACAGCUGAAACUCCAUACACCUUUUGCCCGUGUUCGUGUGACUGUGUGCACACAUGCGAUCAUGGAUGUGCAUUUGAGUGUAGGUUGUUGUGUAGAUGUCAAACUGUGAACAUCAGCUGAAGGCAAAUCAGAAUCCACCGUCUCAGCUUUUUCAUACACUGCCAAUAGAUCAUUUGUGCCUGUGUUAAUUCAUCUUGGGUGCAUGUGUCAGAUCUAUACUAACAGCUUUAACUUGACACUCAUCAGUAUUUUCUUUUUUUUUCCUUUUUUUUCUUAAACACUUUAUUUGUAAUUUGCAGUUAGUAUAAAAAACAGUUAGUAUAAAAAAAAGUCAUAAUCUCUAACUUUAACAAACAGUCCUGACAAUAGACAGAGACAGAUCAAACCCAAAAUCCAUGUGACAAACUAGUCAUAGACAAUAGACAUGCAAAGACAAGAGGAAAAAACAAACAAAUAGACAAAAAAAAAUAAAAACAAAAACAUAAAACAAGUGCAUUUAAUUACAUACUUCUUAUUACGGAUUUUGUUCAAGGGCAGAUGUAAUGAUUCGAAGUUCCUACACUCCUUAUUAUUUUCAACUGCUACUGACUUUUUUGCUAGAAUCUAGAUAUUAGACAUUCUGGGUAAUGCAUUCCCAGUAUAAGUUUUUUGGUCCCAAAGUGUUCUGGAUCAAUCUAACUCAAAGGACAAGGAGACAAAAGGAGAGAACAAAACUGAGCAGAGUGAAUACCUUGAAAAAAUUGAUGGAAUACAAAUUCUUGUGCUACAAAAACUAAACAAAAUGAGAGCUUUAAAUGGAAGUUUUGGGAGACUUGACAAGACAAAAUAUCAUAUUUUAUCUUGUCAAAUAACCUUAAAAGUGUUGCUGAAAUUAAGUCUUUAGAUUUCUGUAUGAAUCCAUUCUAUUGUCUUUCCACAAUUUUAAUAAAACCACCAGCUCUCUUGUUUAAAAUCCUCCACUUCUCUAUUAUUAGCUGAAUAUGCUUCUACAGGCAACAGUUUUUGACUAGUUUUCUUGGCACCGCACGCAGCUGUGUCUCUUCAUAGCUGUUUUCUAAAGUGCGCAGCGUUGUCUUUCGCUGCUUGGCGCUAAAUUUUGUGUUUCUGUUCCAGGGACUCAGCCAUCUCCAGCAACAAAACACCCCACAACAGCUCUAUCAACCACAUAGAGAGUGUCCUGCAGCAGCUGGAUGAAGCCCAAGCCCAGAUGGAGGAGCUUUUCCAGGAGAGGAAGAUCAAAUUGGAGCUCUUCCUGCAGCUCCGCAUCUUCGAAAGGGAUGCCAUUGAUGUGAGUCUGUUUGGGAGGAGGCCAUGUCUGUUCAGCACGGUUGGUGAAUAGUCUCUAUUUGAUGUCUGAAAUAUGGAUUCUUCUUGUCCUUUUUUAGAUUAUCUCCGACUUGGAGUCUUGGAACGAGGAGCUGACGGGUCAGAUGAAUGAUUUCGACACUGAGGAUUUGACGGUAGCCGAGCAGAGGUUGCAGCACCACGCUGACAAGGCCCUGACCAUGAACAACCUCACCUUCGAUGUCAUUCACCAGGGACAGGAGCUGCUGCAGUAUGUCAACGAAGUCCAGGCGUCUGGUGAGUCCAUCUCCCAAAGAUUGAUGUACUGUUUGUACAUCACUCUACCGACCACAGGAGCCGCCUGUUGGUCUCUGAAGAAUAGAGUCGUGAAAAUUCAAGUCUGUAAACAUAAUCAGCUCUGCUAUGUUUAUUACUUUUACACAUCACUUUGCUUUGGAGUCUUCAUUUAUCUCCCCCCUCCCUUUCUCCUCACUUUCAUUAGCCUGUAAAUUUUCCUUAAGCUGCUCUAAGGCACUAAAAGGUCUACAGUAGACUGUUGAAUUCUACUUAAAUGUGGCUGUUAAAUAUCUAUUCUUCUUUGAUCCCGCAAAAACAAAUUGUACCUCAGAUACCGUGAAGUAGAAGCGAAGAGAUGCUCAGCUGUCAGUUGGCUAGCACAUCAGACAUAAGUCAACAUUGAGCAGAGUCAAAGCUGAGUACAGCUCCCCGUUUACUGCUGCCGCACAGAUUUUUGUGUUGACUACAUUAGUCUAAUAUUGAUACUGUGUAGGUGUCGCAGGUCAGAUUCGGUCAGCGUUUGUGAUAAGAGGCACCCACUCACAAACCAUAAUAACUCACCUGUGAUCUCACAUGCUAAUAGGUGCUCUCUAAAGCUGCACAAAGACUUGUUACAUCACGACACGUGUACAGACAUACAGAUAUUGCGGCUAUAGAAUGGAGGCAUUUGAAAGACAAAUAUGAAUGUGAGCAUUAUUAAACAAACACAGGAUAGAAUUAUGACAGGAGGGAAAUAUUUGAAGCUAAAGGAACAACAAUUAAGUCUGCUAAAUUAAGUCAUACACUCAUCUUUAGUAUAUUGUUGUGUCAACAGCUGGUAGAACAUCAGUAGCUGUAUUUACAUGGGCACUUAUGCUGCGUUCGAGUUACCUCGGUAGUCAGAUGUCCUACCUGGGAAUGACGUCACACCCCAAUUACUAGUGACUAAGUUGGAAAAAAGCAAAAUUGGAGGUGCAAACAAGAUGGCUACAUCUAUGAAAGGGGAUGCUAAAAUAACUUAAAUUAACUAAAAUAACAAGUGCUAAGAUGACUUUUGUAGACGUAGCCAUCUUGUUUCUGCCUCCAAUUUUGCUUUUAUCCGACUUCCCAGCUCGGACAUCUGACUUCCCAGGUAACUCGAACGCAGCCUAAUAAUCGGAACAAAGGCCCAGUCGAAAUAGAAAAGUGUCAUGUAAACAUGUUGAUCAGAAAAUUCGAUGAAUCAAAUUCAGCUCAAUCAGCAAGUAACUGUAUUUCGGAAUGAGAGGGGUGGUGCUUCUAAUCUGAGUAAAGCUUGAUGCAGGUAUACACAAGUAAUGAUCAGAUUAUUUGAUUUUGCACCCAUUUAAACAGUGGAUUCAGAUUUUCCAAUCCCUAAAUUUUUUAAUCAGAUCAAGAAAUUUUGCACAUGUAAAUCAUCCCUAGCCAGACUAGCUCCAGUGUUGGGAAGAAGGAUAAGGCCAGACUGCAUCUAUUCAAGGUUAACCUUAGUUUGUGUCUUGCCUCCAGGUGUGGAGCUGCUUUGUGACCGAGACGUUGACAUGGCUACACGGGUUCAGGACCUGCUGGAAUUUCUCCAUGAGAAGCAGCAAGAGCUAGACCUCGCAGCCGAGCAGCACCGCAGGCACCUAGAGCAAUGUGUCCAGCUGAGACACCUGCAGGCUGAAGUCAAACAGGUACAACACUAAGCUGUCAGAGGCGCCAUCUGCAGACUAAAAUGCGGUUUUGCAACAAGAGUAAAGGACAACCUAGAGUGAAAGAUUCGAUGGAUUGGUAACAUUUGAUCCAACUCUUCCUGUUUUUUUUUCAGGUUCUGGGUUGGAUUCGUAAUGGUGAGUCUAUGCUGAAUGCUGGUCUGAUAACAGCCAGCUCCUUGCAGGAAGCUGAACAACUGCAGAGAGAACACGAACAGUUCCAACAUGCCAUCGAGGUGAGAAAGUGCUCGACUAGUCCAUCAAAUAUGAUUUCUGCUCCGAGUCCAAGUCUGAAACUGCACUAAAAAAAGUGGCAAAGUAUUUUGGUCGUUCCAAACCUGAUCGACUCUCCAUCUCUCUCCACUCACUCUGCAGAAAACUCACCAGAAUGCCCUGCAGGUUCAGCAGAAGGCAGAGGCUCUGCUCCAGGCAAACCACUAUGACAUGGACCUGAUCAGGGACUGUGCAGAGAGUGUGGCUUCCCACUGGCAGCAGCUUAUGCUGAAAAUGGAGGAUCGACUCAAACUUGUCAAUGCCUCAGUAGCCUUCUACAAAACCUCCGAACAGGUAAGCCAAAUCAUACACUUCAACAAUUUUGAUGUCCAGUGAUCUCCUUCGAUGACAAACCGAGUGUUUAUGUCCCAACAGGUUUGCAGUGUUUUGGAGAGCCUGGAGCAGGAGUAUAAGAGAGAAGAGGACUGGUGUGGAGGAGCUGACAAACUUGGACCCAACUGUGAAUCUGACCAUGUUACCCCCAUGAUCAGUAAACAUCUGGAGCAGAAAGAAGCCUUCCUUAAGGUAGUAUACACAAAAAAAAAUCAAACCAAAUCCCACCUAUUAUUUGGAGUAUUAUCUCUGAUCUCACCGUGUGUGUUGUGAUACUUCUUUAAGGCAUGCACUUUGGCCAGGAGAAACGCAGAUGUCUUCCUCAAAUACAUGCACAGGAACAGUGUCAACAUGCCUGGGAUGCUGAGCCACGUCAAAGCACCAGAACAGCAGGUUAAAAGUAAGUUCAGAGGAGUAACACUUUGAUUCUGUAUCUCGUCCAGGGAGAGAGCAGACUCAAAAAAACAAUAUGUAUCUAACAGACAUAUCCUGGUUCUCAUUAUAGCGACCACGCUGCUUUGAGAAAUCAUUUGUUUGUCGUUUGGUGCUUAAUGGGCUGAUUUAUGUGUGUUUUGUAAAGACAUCCUCAACGAGCUGCUGCAGAGAGAAAACCGUGUUCUCCAUUUCUGGACCAUGAGGAAACGAAGGCUGGACCAGUGUCAGCAGUAUGUGGUGUUUGAGCGCAGUGCUAAACAGGUAUAUGGAACACACACACACACACACACACACACAAACAGAGUUGAAUUUGGGGGGAAAAAGACGGACAAUAUAUUUCUGCAUCUGGAGAUAUAAAGUUAAAUACAGCAAUACAUAUAUCAUGUGUGUUUGUACGUUCUCAGGCUCUAGAGUGGAUUCACGACACUGGAGAGUUUUACCUGUCCACACACACCUCCACUGGCUCCACCAUCCAUCACACACAGGAACUGCUGAAGGAGCACGAAGACUUCCACAUCACAGCCAAGGUUGGUCUCACACACUAAGCACACGCACACAAACAAGCAUGUCACUUAGAGUUGAAUGUGUGCGCAUGUUUAACACCCCCUUCCCACUCUCCCGCAGCAAACUAAGGAGCGUGUGAAGCUGCUGAUCCAACUGGCUGAUGGCUUCUGUGAGAAAGGCCACAGUCACGCCGGGGAGAUUAAAAAAUGGGUGACUGCUGUGGACAAACGCUAUCGAGACUUCUCCUUGCGCAUGGACAAGUACCGCUGCAGCCUGGAGAAAGCUCUGGGCAUCUCCUCCGACUCGAACAAAGCUGUACGUGUUUUUUUUUUGUCGUUGUUUCAGGUGUAAAAAAAGAAGAAUCACCAAAUUUAUACCUUCAGUGUCUCCGUCUUUAUCUUUAAAUCUCUCGUUUUGUGUUUCCUGUCUUUGGCAGAGUAAAGAUCUCCAGUUGGAUAUCAUCCCAGCAACAGCCCCUGGGUCAGAGGUCAAGCUGCGUGAUGCUGCCCAUGAGUUAAAUGAGGAGAAACGGAAGUCAGCGCGCAGAAAGGAGUAUGCAACCUCUUUCUGUUACAGUUGUACUUUGAAUUAUAAAGCGCAGUUUCUAUCUCAGGCAAAGAGCAACUGUUAAUAUCAAGUAUACAAAAUAUUAAUAGCACACUGGGUUUUGCCAAUCAAAUAUGUUUGCUUGGCUUUAUUAGUUUGACUCUGUCUACAAACUUAAUAAUUAGAAGUUUUUUGUCAGCACUUUCACUUAAUGUCCUCCACUGUUUGAAAAAUGUUUUAUUGGCCCCACAGCAUAGGCAAUUACAAAAUUGGCACAGUGUCUUAAACUGCAGAGUAAAGCAGCGAGUGACUUUUUAGAUGGUCUGUUGAAAGGAGGAGGUCACAAGUUUGGAUAGAAGUAACCCAUCUUGUUUACUGUCUAAGAUCCAAAAAGGGUGCUCAUUCAUUUUUGUUUGUCACAUAAAGGAGGCUGCAUUAUUUUUAUGAGCAGGUUUUUAGUCUUAAGCCCCUUUUAGACAUGCACACAGGUCCUGAAGAUUCCUCUAAAUUUUUCAUUAAACAACCUGGGUUAGCCGUAUGUGUGAAGAAGACCUGAUGUCGCCCAUCUCUGGUAUUCUCCUUUCACUUUUCUCCUGAUACCAUGAAAAUGCUCAGUCAGUCGUCUCAUUGGUACAAACACACAAAAAAGCUUAAAAGUAUCCCCAUUUGUCCCGGACUUGUAAGGAAACAAACUUGGUUGCCAUCACUGACAAUGACACAUUUCAGAAAAGAACAAAAUAUGAAAUCAGUUAAAGCAUAUGGGAGAGUAAAGUGAAAGGAUGAGCAAUUUGAAUCUUGGUUCUAGUGAUUUUUCUAAGCAUGUUAUAUAAGCCGGUGUUCUUUUAUUGUUCACCGGAUUACAUGGAUGAAGCAAACAGCUGAAACUAUGAACUUAGCAACUGAUGAGUCUGUAAAUGAAGACAGUAUGAUUAUUGCUAAUUUUGUGCUUGUCUCUGUGUGAGUCUAGGUUCAUCAUGGCCGAGCUGAUUCAGACAGAAAAAACCUACGUGCGAGACCUGCGGGAGUGCAUGGAUGUAAGUCCAACUUUCCAGCCCACCAGUGUUAACCUGUUCCAUGCCAGAGUCGUGCUUCAACUUUCACACAAAAUUUGAAAAUGUACUCAGAGCUUGUUUGAGGAUUUCAUUUUCUGUUAUAUCCUUUUUUUUUCUCUCUCCAUGCAGACUUAUCUUUGGGAGAUGACAAGCGGGGUGGAGGAGAUUCCUCCAGGAAUCAUCAACAAGGAGCAUAUCAUCUUCGGAAACAUGCAGGACCUCUAUGAAUUCCACCAUAAGUAAGAAACAGUCUCUACAGUAUGAACGCCUUCUUGUCAUUUGUUGUAUUUAAAGUCGAAUUGUAGGCAGGAAUGAAAAGGUCAGAGCAGCCUGAUGCAAUUCAUUAAAAUGAGGGAAUUCUGGAUGCUUUAUGCAGAGUUCCUCUUGUAGCUAUAAUAUCAUGAUUUCAGGUUUGAUUUUAUAUCAUGUUUUUUGACUUUGUGCUUUUGCUGAGGUUAACAUUUAAAUUACUCAUCCUUUUGUUUUGUCAGCAUCUUCCUUAAAGAGUUGGAGAAAUACGAACAGCUACCAGAGGACGUGGGUCAUUGCUUCGUCACAUGGGUACGUAUUGUUGAACAGCUUUGGCUGCGCCACAGUCCAAUAAGUAUGAAUCAUCAUGAAAUGUUUAGAUGGAUUUUUUUUUUCCAAUCAUAUUUGUAUUGUUUUUAUCCAACUUAAAACAAAAACACAAACAAAAAGUAGCUCGGACCUUUUACAAAGGACACAAUACUAGGAAAUAAAAGAUAUACAGUUAGACAGUUUAGAUGGACUUUUUUGAUAUUUCAUAACAAUGUUUACAUAUUAGUUUAAGUCGUGACUGUUUGCCUUGUUUCUUUCUAACAUCAUCCUGAAUCUCUAUCACUGUCAACUUUUAUCAUCCUCUGAAGUCGUAAUGACUUUUAUUCUUACAAUUUGUUCUCGUUGUCAAGGCUGAUAAGUUCCAGAUGUAUGUGAACUACUGUAAGAACAAACCUGACUCCACCCAGCUCAUCCUGGAGCAUGCUGGGAACUACUUUGAUGUGAGUAUUGCCAAUGGCAGAUGGUGAAAUCUAUACUUGCUUAGUCUUGUUUGUUUACGUGUGAUCAUAUGACUGUUCUUCUCUUUGCAGGAAAUCCAACAAAGGCACCGACUGGCCAACUCUAUUUCUUCAUAUCUGAUUAAACCUGUGCAAAGAAUAACCAAGUAUCAGCUGCUGCUUAAGGUAUCUCCUGAAAGCAAACGUCACUGCUGCGGUGGUCAUCUGUGGACUUUCUCGUUGACAUUGUUUUUGUGUGUGUGUUUGUGCAGGAACUGCUGACAUGUUGUGAAGAAGGUAAAGGUGAAAUCAAAGACGGCCUGGAGGUGAUGCUUAGUGUUCCCAAGAGAGCCAAUGAUGCCAUGCACCUCUCGAUGCUUGAAGGUGAAGAACAUACUGCGUGGCUUCAAUGUUGCUGUGACGCUCCACCUCUUCUUCUUGGAUAAUAUGGAAUCAAGUUUUAUACUUCUAUUUCCAGGUUUCGAUGAAAACAUUGAGUCCCAGGGUGAGCUCAUACUUCAGGAGUCGUUCCAGGUCUGGGAUCCCAAGACUCUUAUCCGCAAGGGUCGAGAGCGCCACCUCUUCCUCUUUGAGAUGUCUCUUGUUUUCAGCAAGGAGGUCAAGGACUCGAACGGAAGAAGCAAAUACAUCUACAAGAGCAAACUCUUUGUGAGUAGAAUACUUUGAAAAGUGUUUUGAGGAGUAGUGUUUGGGGACCAGAAUGAAGAACAGCUGUUUUUAUGGAGUCAUGCAGAGCCCAAAGUUAAGAAAAAAGUACAUUUACUAAAAGAAGAAAGGAAAAGGUACAAAAACUGAACUUUUUCAGUAUGUUGUAAUUUGAGGGGAUGUAAAUCAACACUUCAAUCGAUUCAAGUGUAAGUUAUCUGAGUCAGUCACAUUUAUACGCAGUUAGUAUAUUUCCUAAUCGUAUCUUCUCACCCUGCUUUUCUGGCCUCUUAGACGUCAGAGCUGGGGGUGACGGAGCACGUUGAAGGAGACCCCUGUAAGUUUGCUCUAUGGGUGGGACGCACUCCGACUUCUGACAACAAGAUUGUGCUUAAGGUAAAUACACUUCCACGCUUUGAAUGUCUCUCAUAUCUGAUUUAGGGUUGGACCAAUAUAGGUUUUCAGGAGCAGACACUUGAAUUUCUAAAAAGGAAAUGUUAUGAAACCUCAGAUGGAAACAACAAAUGUUGAGUUAUUUUAGGUAACAAGAAAUUUCAUUUUGAAAUGUCUGUAUUUGCACAUUGGAUGCUCCAUGGAUUUGGAUCUAAUUGGUGAAAUAAGAUAAUGUGUGAGAAAAUCUUUAUAUUGGUCCAACCUAGCUUUCUUCUUCCUCCUUUUAUAUUGAACCCUUCUCUACCUUUCUUCUUUGACUACUGUCUCUCUGAUCUCUCGUUUGAUUGCAUGAGCAAACUUCAAGGAGGCCAAAAACCUUCCUGUCGUCUCAAACAGCUCCCCUUUCUCCCUGUUUUCUUUCUUCUUUCUCAGUCUUCUGUUGGUCCCUCUCUCUCUCUAUCCCUCUCUCUGCCAGCCUCUGUUUUCUGCUUUGUUCCAUCUGUUAACAAACACAGGCACAUUUGUAUAUCUGGGGCUGUGUUUUUUUUGUGGAUGUUUGUAUCUCUAAUUCUCUCUGUGGGCUGACAUGCUUCCACCAACGCUGCUGACACUGACUCAACCCCUUAACGCCUACAAUCUCCGGUACUGGCUCUCUGCCACUUUACAGAAGUGACGAGAAGCCAUCUUUUCUGUCAGAUAAAUAAACUUUUUCAUUGGUUUGAACUCUUUUGUAGCAGGAGUGUAUCUGUUUAGCCCCCAUUUUCAAACAUCCUUUGUUUUCUGUCUGUUGAAUAUUGUCACAGAUGGAUGAAAAUUUGGGUCAGCAGUUGGAACAGCAUGAAAUCUAACACGUUCAACUCUGAGCAUUACAAUCCUAUAACACAUGUUGACUGCUAAACUAGCUGCUGAGAGGCAGUCAUCUGGUAUUUGUUCUGUUACUGAAGUGUGUCUCAUUAUCAUUGCUAACUACACAUGUUCUCUCUUUCACACGAACACACACACACACUGUUCAUUACAAUAUACUCCAUAUUUAAUUGGCCUACAGUCAGCUGUUACAGCUAAGUGUCAGUGUUGUUCGUUUCUAUCAUGUCAAACCGUUUUGUCAGCAUAAAAACUGUCAUGUGCCUCUUCUCAAACCAAACAAGUGAAAUUCUCUAUUUUAUAUUUUAAAUUCAAAGCUAAGUCAGGGAUCCAAACACGGAGCGAUGGUGAGUACAAACUAUCCUGCAACACAGCCCUCAGCCACUUCACACAAGUCUGAAAACUCAACUUCGAGCACUUCUUAUCCUCUCUUUUCAUCCUCAGCUCUAGCUUGAGAACUUUGUGCAUUGGCAAAAGCCCUACGUGUGCUCCAAAGCAAAAAUCCAAUUUCAUCCAGCGCCAAAGCUGGAAAGCUAAAAAAAAUGAUAGUGUGAACUUUUCUCGGGCAGUGAUUUCCAAAGAGCUGUCCUAACAGCUGCCAAAGAAAUAAGUGGAAAACAGCAAUUCAUCACUGAGGUGGUUUCAAAAGUGUUGGAUGUCACACCUGAAGACUUUGCGGUACAAUUAUAGUUUGUGGAAACUGAUUAGCAACUGAGAGGAGAUCUUAAUGGCAAGUUUAACUAACAGUUGCAGAUAUAGACAGGUGAACUUAAGAAAUUUCCUGAAAAGUAACAGAUAGUGAGCCAAGGCUGCUUAAUAUGUUCAUAAUAUAUAAAUAAGUUAAAAAAAAAAAAAAGCUAAGUAAAUGCUAAGAAGUAAAACUACGUUCCAUUUACCUCGAAAGUCCGGUGUCGGAGCUGGGAAUGACGUUACACUCAAGUUGACAGCGUUCCAGUAAACAAGUCAGAAAACCAAGAUGGACGCCUACUGGUAGCCGUUUUUAGCUAUUUUUUACAAUUGUCAGUUGAUGUUAGCCGUUGUUAGCUAUAUCAGUUGUAAACAACACAUCACACGGUAUUUUACUCUUACAAACAUCAUAGCACCGUGUUCACAGUUAGACGUUGGGCAGUACAACAUACACCACUAAUUUAACUUCACAAAAACAAAACAGAAGUGCUAAUAGAUAAUACAGUACGAGAGCUUUCAAUGUUAGUCUUUACUGUUGAUGCACUGUGCUGCCAUCUUGGAUUAUGACGUAAUCCAACUUCAGAGGGGGGCGUUCCAGAUGAAUUUCCGACUCGGAGCUCAGAAAUCGCUACUUUAGAGCACAACUGGAACGCAGCAUGAUAUAUUGUGUGAAUCAGUAGCUGUUAGUGAAAUCAAUUUUAAAAAGCAGAAAUAGUAAGUGAAGAUAUGUGAUGUUCUCAUAGUUCAAACAGACCAGAGUAGAGUUUGAUAACACUCACGCAAUGAUAAGAUCAACUCAUAAUACAACUUAAGUCAAGUUUUCAAGACUCUGCUCCAAUUGAUAUGAGUUAAAUGCAAAUUUGCCAAACUAAAUCAAACACUGAUGGUUGAUAUACUGGAGGAGGUAAUACUUGAGUUCAUCUGACAGGGCUAAGGGGCAGCAGCUGAUAAACAGGUUGGAAACCACUGUUUUUACUGGACUUGUCUAUACAAGAUUGAAUGAAUCAGAAAAAUACCCUCAGCUGAUCAGAGAUGAUAAGAAGUGAACUCAGACUUGCGUGAAACACACAGAGUGAAACAAGAAUUUCAAAAGAAGUCUGUUUCCCCACAACUUUUAACUUCUUGAACUUCCCUUUCAUUGUUGAUCAAUAACAGGCUUCAAGCAUAGAGAACAAGCAAGACUGGAUCAAGCACAUCAGGGAGGUGAUUCAGGAGCGCACCAUUCACCUGAGAGGUGCACUGAAGGAGCCCAUUCAUAUUCCCAAAGCAACUACAGCCAAACACCACAAGGGGCGAAGGUAAAUGUGACCACGACUAACGAAAGAUAACCCCAAGAGAUCCUAGUAUGUGGCUCAUGAGGAAGAGAUGAGUUUGAACUAAACUUCAACCCUUUAUUGGUCGUGUGUGUCACUAUCAGGGAUGGAGAGGACUUGGACAGCCAGGGUGAAGGCAGCAGCCAACCAGACACCAUCUCUCUGGCCUCCAGGACUUCACAGAACACUCUGGACAGCGACAAGGUCAGGAAACACACAUUCACACACUUGCGCACACAAACAUUAUUCUUCCAGUUGGAAGUAUGAUCAAAGUUGACCAAUCACAUCAAGCAUCUUUUCUUUCUCAGCUCUCUGGUGGCUGUGAGUUGACUGUGGUGAUCCAUGACUUCAUGGCCAGCAACAGCAACGAGCUAACAGUACGACGUGGUCAGACUGUGGAGGUUCUGGAGCGCUGCCACGACAAGCCGGACUGGUGCUUGGUCAGGACCACAGACCGCUCCCCCGCUAUGGAGGGCCUGGUGCCCUGCUCCAUGCUCUGUAUUGCCCAUUCGAGGUCAUCUAUGGAGAUGGAGGGCAUCUUCAACCACAAAGGUCCAUCCUUUGGUGUCUUCAGUCACAGCUGGAAAUCUUCUAUGCUUUUUCUUCUUUUUGAUAAGUCUGCAUCAUAAAGUCAAUUUGUAACCUUAAAGUCCUUUUCUCUUCACAGACACUCUGUCAGUGUGCAGCAAUGACUCCAUUAUGCCGGGGUCAUCUGCAACGCUUCAGCCUGGUCAUGGCCUCAGCUCCCACACCUCCCCGGGGCCGAAACGACCAGGUAAAGACACCUAAACCAUACUCUCUGUUGAAUGUGCUCCCUGACGUCCCACUAGAACUCAAAGAAGCAAGUUUUAUCUGGAUAUUUUUGUUAGUGUCCAAAUAAUUUUUGAUUUAAUAUGAAGUCCUUUGACAGGACAUGCUACUUUUGCUCUUAGAUUACACCGUGGCACCAACACCUGUAAAUUAUGUUCCUUUCUGUAUUGAUAAAGACCAACCAGGCAUAAUCUCUGAAGGGAGGUUAACAGAGGUGGACUUUAUCUCUGUUAUUUUACUUUAUGCUUUAAACUCCUAUAUUUGUCAGGGUUCCUACACAGUUGGAAUUUCCAUACCCUACUUUUUAGAAUUAUUUUUGCAAAAUUCUACUUUUCUAUUUUGGAAAACAGUUUUUUAUAACUGUGGUAAUAUAGUCUGUUUGUUUAAAUAUUUUUCCAUACUUUAUUUUCAUUUUCCAUACUUUUAAGACUUGGAAAUUUAUCAAAUUACUUCCAUACUUUUCAUACUUGCGUAGGAUCCCUGUGGGUCGCAGUAGCUCAGGAGGUAGAGCAGUUGUCCAAUAACCGGAAGGUUGGCGCUUCGAUUCCCCCCCUAUCCCUAGUCUGUCUGUUGUGUCCUUGGGGCAAGACACUUAACCCACCUUGCUCCCAGUGUGUGUCCUCCACUGGUGUAUGAUUGUGAGUGUUGUGUGGUGGUGGUCAGAGACUGGCAGCCACGUUUCCAUCUGUCUGUCCCAGGGCAGCUGUGACUACGACCAUCAGGGUGUGACUGUCUGAGCAAAUGAAUGUUGCAUCCAAUAUAAUGCGCUUUGAGGGUCUCUGAUAAAGCGCAUUAUAAAAUCCGAUGCAUUAUCAUUAUUUAUACAGAGGCAAACUGAGUUUGGUAUGUUUGCUCGGUUUCCAAGGUAACACCUUGCGGAAAUGGCUCACCAGUCCAGUGCGGAGGCUAAGCAGCGGUAAGGCAGACGGCCACGUGAAGAAACUAGCCCACAAGCACAAGAAGAGCCGUGACAUUAGGAAGAGCGGGGAAAUGACAAUGGGCUCCCAGAAAGACUCAGACGACAGCGCCGCUACACCUCAGGACGAGACUGUGGAGGAGGUGGACAGAUUUACAAAAAAAACACAUUUUUUAAAAUAUAUAUGCCCUGUCCAAGCAGAAUUUCUGAUCUCAACUUCUCCACCCAUGUGUGUGUUUUCACAGAGGGUUCGUAAUGAGGGCUUGUCCAGCGGCACACUGUCCAAGUCCAGUUCUUCGGGGAUGCAGAGCUGUGGAGAGGAGGAGGGAGAAGAAGGCGCUGACUCAGUGCCUCUGCCUCCACCUAUGGCCAUCCAGCAGCACAGCCUGCUGCAGCCAGACUCACAGGAUGACAAGGUGAGGAGAGAGGGAGGAGGUAGCGGUGAGGACACAAGAGGGAGUCAGAGAAAUGGGACAGUAGAGGAGACAGGAAAAGAUGAUAAGCAGGAUAGAAGUCAGAGGAGAAAUGAGAAGUGACAGAGAGUGACUUAGAAGAGAGUUUUUUUUUUAUUAAUUAUUUAAGAUCUAAUGGAGAAAAAAGUGACAUCUUUCUGUUCGGAUUUUGCCGAGAAAAACCUGGAGAUAGUGAGAAGCAUGAACACAACAACACAAAAUACAGUUUUUUGUGUGUAUUUAGAAUUGAAGUAAUAGGACUUUAAACCCUCCAGCUGUUUUAUUCCAUUGUAUUUUACUCUGAAGGUCAAUAGUAUAAGGCUUUAUAUGGAGAAACAGUUCCAGCUUUAGGUAGUCACUGGUACCUACACAGGAAGUAGAACUUUUAUUUUAUAAAGCGACAUGACGCCAAUCAACAGGUUUGAAGAGUUUAGACAGUUAAGGGUUCAUUGAAGGUCAGACCAGAUCUCCAAGUUGGAUGAAACCUUCUGUACUUGUUCUCUUCUUUUUCAUCUCUGUUCUGCUUUUUUAGUUCUUGUUAGGCUACUUUUCUAUCAUCCCAGUCCCCAACUUUUCUCAAAAAAGUGCAUUUCUUGACAUAGUUUAAGUGACUCUUAAGUUUCUGUUGUGCAUAACAUUUUAUCUUGGCAUGUUGCAUCAAAUUUUUUUCUUCUGUUCUAAAUCAGAUUAGCUUUGACACAUUUCAGAAGCACACCGAGUCUCCUCAGCGGUUAAAGCGGAGACUCCUCUGACACUAAUUUCUGUUUCUCUUUUGUUUUGUUUCCUGAUUGUAUCGUUUACUGUUUGCCAUGCUGUAGCAUUACCUUGAUUUAUGUCCUGUCUUUGCUUUGUCUCAGUUUCCAUACCUCUCCAUUUGAAAAUGCCCUGUUUUCCCCCUGUCUUGUACCUCAGUCAAUUCUUCAAACCUCUCUUUUUUUCCCCCUCUCUUCAGCUUUAAAUGCUUCUUGCUAAGGGCCUUUUCUUUGGUUUCUUUAUCAAUUCAUAGGUUAGAUACGUAUUCGAUUAGCAGCCUUAGACCUAAGUUUCUUCUUUUGAAAAUACACCUUACUUUGCAGUCUACAAGUCCCUUUUCCUAACUUUUAUAUUCUUUCUGAACUCUUAGUUAACCUUCUCUAGAACUGAACUUUUUUCCUCCUUUUUUCUUAGUUCCACUAAUUUUGACUUGGGAUUCCUACCCUGUCCGUAACGAAGCAGUGUUAUGCAGAGUCUCAUGGCAAAUCACUAAAGGCCAUACGGAUAACGUAGAAAAAGAAGAGAAGUGUUCACGUAGCUCUUUAGUCUGAAUGAAGUGAAAUAUUAAGGUGCUCUCUGCCAGUGUAAGUGCAGAACAGAUUUCUAAAAUAACUGACUUACAUUCACUUUUGUAUUUUAUAAUGCCUUGAGCCUGUCGGAGAAACACAGGGCUGCAGUAUUUUUUAUCAGUCAGAGAACGAGAAGAAGUUUAUGCGACAUGACGUUGAAAAAAAGUGCCAAAACAGAAACAAACAGUCGAGUUUAUUAGAGCCUGUAUCAGCUGAAUGGGCAUCUUCCCUGGAUAGUAAUCUAAACCUGAGACCAUAUAGAGGUGAAAAUUCAAAAGCCCCUUUGUUCCCAUCAUCCUCCAACCCCUCCUUCACCUGCCCUGCUCGCUCGUCCUCAUCUCCCUUUUACCCUCUGUGCGUUAACCUCAUUAACCAUGCGAGUAAUUGGCAUCUCUAAAUGCUGGCGAGGCCAGAAGGGCACACAGCCUCACCCAGAUUCCUAAUUGGGGAAAGUCUUGAAGCACAGCACAGCAAGGGUGAGAGUCUCCUCGAUUGUAUAUACAUGCAUUCAUUGACCUCUCUCUCUUUAUUUUAUUUAUUUUUUUGAUCUGUUGGCCUCCUUUUCUUUAUUUGAAAGGCUGUUCACCAUCACCUCAGAGAGCGACGGAAACACCCUCCAUUCAGUUACUCUUCCCCCCACACCUUCAUCUCCAUCAACUUUUCUGACUCCUUUUUUAACAUUUGGUCACCACACUUUCAAGUUUUUGGUUUCAUUUUAAAAAAAAAUAAGUUUCAUUGACUUUACCUUUUCAUUUCCUUUUAGCCUUUAGAUUAAACACCCUUGAACAGGGUUUGUUUAUUUGUUUUUUUAUUUUUCUGGGAACAUCUUUUUGGAUCUUGCUUCAAAUUAAGUACAGCAUUGGGCAUCGAACACUUCACAAAGUCAUUACACACUCCGAGAAUAACAAUAAAACAUUAAUCUAUGCCAUACUAAUAAAGCUGCAAGCUUCUUAAAAGCUGACUUUGGGAUUCAUCCUAACCAGAACAUAGGCAUGGACUUUAACCAUAAACUAAUAUUUAGCAGUACUUUGAUGCAUUUUCUGAACAUGUUGCAUGUCGGUUCACGCCGUUGACUUUUAAUGUCAAAUAGUUAACAUAUUUGUUUUUUGAAGAGAUAAUAAAAUUCUGUUCAAUCAAAGAUAUUUUUAAAACAAGCGCUUCUUUAAAUAUAUCCUCCGUCUGAAUACUUGUGAAGCAUUUAUUUCCAACAUUAGAUGGAAUAUCUAUGGGAUUGUAUCCACUAUCAGCCUCUAAUGCUCUUUCUCUCCUCUCAACCCUCUACUCUCCAUUAUUGUCCAGACCUCCUCUCGUCUGUCGGUUCGUCCCUCCAGUUCAGAGACACCCAGUGCUGCUGAGUUGGUGAGCGCCAUUGAGGAGCUGGUCAAAAGCAAGAUGGUAAGAGGAAACUUAACUUAACUUAACUAAAUGUUAAAGAUUUAAGCAAUAAUGGGAAAGCUUUUGAAUGUUUCAGCUAAGAAUGCUAGAAAGUGAGCAGCUUCAUGGUUGUUUAGACAGAGAUUCUAAUUCCAACCAACCACCUACUCUGAAGGAGGUCAUGAAAUACUAAGAAAACAGUCAGCACUAAGCACAGUUUAUUUGAACAAAUGAUAAUCUGGUGCCAAUCAGGAUCAUGAAGAUAUCCAAUAGCUGCGUUUACAUGGGCACAAAUAAUCUAAAUAAAUGCCAGAUCAGAAUAAAACUGCGUCAUGUAAACAUGUCGAUCGGAAGAUUCUGAUCAAAUGUUACUCAAUCGAAAAGAAACAUGUCCAUGUCAACACUUAUCCUGAUGGUGACUCUCUUACCUGACUCGAUCUUCACUCUCUAUUUAUUGAAGCCAGUACAGGAGGUUACAUUAUUAACACUCUCGGCAUAAAACACAACCACAAAUGCGGUUUCUGCUCCUCCGAUAAUAUAACAGGGCGUAUAUACAGCGUAAUGAUGUCAUAUCUGCAUGCACAGUGCAACCUUUGACGGAACAGUGAAAUAAGUACGCAAGGGUGCCAUCUAGUGACAAUAUUUAAUCGAGGGGAAAAUCCUGAAUUGGAUGGAAACACUAUCGCGUUUGUUGCGAGCACAAGUAUAAAUACAACUCUUCUUCUGCGGUUAGACAACUCUGCGCAUGUCCAAAUGCUUCUAAUGUGAAUAAAGCUUGGUGCAUGUAUACGCACGUCAUGAUCGGAUUAUUUCAUUUUGUACCCAUAUAAACAGUGGAUUCAGAUUAUCCGAUCCCUCAUUUUGCCCAUGUAAACCUGGCUAGUGAUUGGGUCGACUGUAUUCUAUCCUUACCUCCAACAGUGCUCUUAUUUCAACUUCAACUCUUUUAUUAUCAUCCCCUGGGAAAUUUGGUUUACAGCAGGCAUCAGCACAAUAGUACAUGAUAAACAUAAAAACAAAGAGCAUACAGGCAGAGGUAAAAAUCCUGUCAUGAAGCGCUGCAGAUAAUUAACAUUUCUGAUGAAUGGACAAGGUACUGUAGAAAAGAGAUUAAACAAAUAAUCAAGGAUAAUAAUUCCAAGUCAAUCUUAACCAUCAUCAUAUCCACCCUAUGCCUAAAGUAUAAACAAGGAAGCAAAGGAGGCAGGUUCAGGCCAAUUAAUUAAAAUAGUCAUAAGAUUAUGAGUUAUUACCUGACCCUUUUUAAGCUGCUUUAAACACACAUUUUGAGAAAUAGUUAACUGCAGAAUUAAGCUUGUUGUUUUCCCUCUUUUUAGACGGACACACGUUUAUAUUUUGUAUUUCUUUGGGACAGGCUUUGGAGGACAGACCAAGCUCCCUGUCAGUGGAGCAAGGGGACAGCAGCUCUCCUUCCUUCAACCCAUCUGACAACUCCCUCCUCUCCUCCUCCUCCCCGAUGGAAGAGCUGGACGAGCGCAGGACCAGCAUUCUCAAGAAAAGACAGUAUGUCAGCUUCCAGUUCAGGAGAGUCACAAGAACAUAUCUUGAUCUUCAGGGGUUUCAUGAUUGUCUGUUUCUCUUGUCGUAGCUACAUUCUGCUCGAGUUGGUGGAGACAGAGAGAGAUUAUGUUAGAGACCUGGGCCUGGUGGUGGAGGUGAGUUGAUGUUUUAUCAGCUGUUGAUGUACCGUCUGGGGGAUCUGUAAACAUGAUCUGUGUGAAGGCAUUUACUGAAACUUCCUGCUGUAAAUGUGUGUUAAUUUGUGUGUCUUUCUCCAACACAAGGGCUACAUGAGCCGCAUGAAGGAAGAGGGUGUCCCUGAUGACAUGAAAGGAAAGGACAAAAUCGUUUUUGGAAACAUUCACCAGAUUUACGACUGGCAUAAAGAGUAUGUGCCGAAUACAAGAAUACAAGAGUACAGAGCUACCUAGUUACUCUUCACUGGUGCACUCGCUUACUUUCUCCUCUGCUGUUUCUGUCUUCUUUAGUUUCUUUCUCGGGGAGUUGGAGAAAUGUUUGGAGGACCCUGAUAGACUUGGACCACUCUUUCUCAAACAGGUUCAUCCAUCCUUGACGUCUAGUUUUGCCUUAUUUGUAUAUCUUUUUAUCACUCUGCUCUUCUGUGCAGGAAUUGAUUGUAUUUUCUCAUACCUAGGAACGGAGACUAAACAUGUACGUGGUGUACUGUCAAAACAAGCCAAAGUCAGAGCACAUUGUCUCUGAGUAUAUUGACACAUAUUUUGAGGUAUGAAGCUACAAUCUUUGAGAUUUCACUCACUUAGAUUUGUCACACCAAGUACCGCAAACCUGAACUCUAAACUUUGACGUUGUAGGACCUAAAGCAGCGGCUGGGACACAGACUUCAGAUCACAGACCUGCUCAUCAAGCCAGUCCAGAGGAUCAUGAAGUACCAGCUGCUUCUUAAGGUUGGUCUACGCCAAAGACAGCAGAGGGCGCUAGAGUUUCUACUUUCCCUUUGUCUAGUUUAGCCAUCUUAUCAUCCAGUCACUCAUACUGGUCUCUCUGCUGACAAACAAAUAGAGAAAAUCCUUCUAUUGAUGAGUUUUUCCGGUCUAGGAUUUCCUGAAACACUCCAAAAAGGCUGGGCUGGAGUCUAUGGAGUUGGAGGUAAGAUCACGGUUAAGUACUUUUACAUUUUUGAAAAACAGAUCCAGAACUUGCCCAUAAACCGUCAGUCAUUCUGGAUUUUCACAGAAAGCAGUGGAGGUCAUGUGCAUCGUGCCAAAAAGGUGUAAUGAUAUGAUGAAUGUCGGACGGCUUCAGGGAUUUGAAGUAAGUCAGAGAUCCUUAACACAUCCUUCACAGCAUGUUGUGAUUAAAGUCCCACUCCGAAACUCUCUCUCAGCAUUUUAACUUUUUCCUUCACCUUAUUUGUCCAUUUUCAUCUCAUUUUCCCUCCCCUUUAGGGGAAGAUCGUGGCUCAGGGCCGCCUUUUGUUGCAAGACACGUUCAUGGUGUCUGACCCUGAGGGCAGCCUCAUCGGCAGGAUGAAAGAGAGGAGAGUCUUUCUGUUCGAGCAGCUGGUCAUCUUUAGUGAACCCCUUGACAAGAAGAAAGGCUUCUCCUUGCCGGGCUUCCUCUACAAGAACAGCAUCAAGGUAAUUAAUGCACAGACGAUAAGAGGCAGUAGGGGGCACUACUGAGUUAUGAGUGAAAAUAAGGGUGCGUGAACAGCUCUCAUAGAAACAGUCUGUAGCUACCUCUGGUGGAGAAACUGAAGCCAGUGAUAUAUGAACUAGUUUUGAGUGUGAUAACUCAUGUCUGAAAUGAGAUUAAAGAGAUAGUAAGAGAUUUUUUAACUUUACUGAGAAUGAGAUUUUAAUAAAUUACAAAAUAUAGAUAAACUGCAACUUAUAAGUUAAGGACCGCAAUAACAAUGGAGAGAUUAAUACACGGUUAAGCAGAUCAAUGAAGGCUUGGAUCCUCUCUAAAGCAGCGAAGUAUCAAAGAUGAUCCCCGUCCUUUUUUUUUGUCUUCACAAAGGUGAGCUGUUUGGGUCUGGAGGAGAACGUGGAAGGAGAUCCCUGCAAGUUCAUUCUGACUUCUCGGUCAACAAACGGCACCAUGGAGACCUUCGUGCUUCACUCCUCACACCCAGGGGUCCGUGAGGUGUGGACUCUUCAAAUAGGCCAGAUGCUGGAGAGCCAGCGCAAUUUCCUCAAUGGUAGGGUCGUUUUCAGACACACACACACACACACACACACACACACACACAGAUUAAGUCUCAAGUUUUGUGGUAGAAAUGACUUGCAACAUGGACACCCUCGUUUUUUUGUGUCUUGUUUUUUUUUGGUACCUUAUCACAGCUCUAACCUCACCAAUAGAGUAUCAGAGGAACCAUGUGGGGGCCAGUGGUGGGGCGUGUGUGCCCGGCCUUGGUGCCCCUGGUGGAGGCAGCAGUGGUUCUAGUGCACCCCUUGGAGUCGGAAGCGGAAGCUCCCAAAGUAGUGCUGUUCCCUCAGGGCCCCAGGGUGGGUCUCGUCGUCCCUCCAGGAUCCCCCAGCCUUCCCGUCUGCCCCAGCCCCUACGUCACCACCCUGGGGCCGAUCCAGAUGGCCCCAGCAAAAUGUCAGGUAUGGAGCAUGGAUUAAAAUUGUUUUACAUUAGCUGUGGAAUGCAAAAAUUAAAUGUGAGACUGAGGUGUGAGUUUUACCCACUUAUGAUCUAGGUCCGUCCCCUUGUCCGGUCCCUCCUCCCUCACUGCCUCCAGGGAGUAGCCCACAGGGCAAGCGAACUAUCCAGACCCCAGAGGACCAAGCACAAGCCCCCACUGCUGCCAGCGCUGUAGCCCCUAUCCCCCGAGCCACAGUUGGGCCCCUGCCCUCUACACCCACUUCCAAACCACGGCCAGGAGCCGUGUCCCCAAUGGUGGCCCCCGUUGCCACACCUGCCUUUGGCAAGGAUGGCCUUCCUCCUCCCCCUCCCAGUCCAGGCCAGAAGUCUGGAUCUGGUUUCUGGAGCUCCAUGCCAGGCUCUCCAGCCAGCCGGCCUGGCUCAUUCACCUUCCCAGGGGAAGCAGGAGAGACUCCGGUCCGUCAGAACUCAAACCAGAUCCAGACUGGCUCUGGAUCUGGGAGUCAAUCCCACAGACACUCCACACACAGCAAGGAAGCAGACCGCAUGAGUACGUGCUCAUCGGCCAGUGAGCAGUCCAUCCAGUCCACCCAGAGUAACGGGGUAAGACUACUACCUGCUGCCAAGUGUAGCACCGACUAACACCGAGGCAGAGGGAGGCCUGGUCUGUCCUGUCUGCCUGCUGUCUCCUGUCCUGCUGCAGCCAGCUCUACUAAUCUGUCCCCUUCUCCGCAUCUCUGACAACCUUACCUGCUCUUCAACAUCAUCUUCUCUAGCUUUAGAUCGUUUUUGAGGACAAUCUCUCGCAAAUAUUUCCCUCAGUCAUCAUGUUUUCAGACCUAAAACCCCACUAGUGGACCAAAAUCAGCUCUUCAGCGACUCCCUUUCAAGGCUGUUUUCUACAUUUCUGACUCCGACAAAGCUUAUACUAACAUGUGACCUCCUCUUGGCCGCCUUUCACUUCCUGCUGUCUCCAUGGUGUGUUACCCAAAUGUACUUUUCUGCCACUAACCUCUAACGUUUGUGAUUCACCCACAAACAUACCUGGUCAAGAACCUCUCAUUCAAGCUAACAUUUCUGCUCCUGUCUUUGCCUGGAGCUGCAGAGCAAAGAUGAGUGUAAAGGAGAUCUUCAUCUUUUCCUCCCUCUCUCUCUCUCCAGUUCUUCGUUUGUGUUUUCAAGGAGAAAUUAAUUGACUUUGGUGUUUAAUUCUUUCUAGUUCUUAAAUCCUUUCUUAGGAUUUUAUUAAAUGAAGCAGUAAUUAAACAUCUCUUAAAUGUUUGUUUCAACUUUGACCUGAUUCUUGAGUGUAACUCCAGAAAACUGCGUGCAUUUGUACUUACCCGCUCUCUGUGUCUGUAAUCUGUCCCUGUGAUGCAGAGUGAAAGUAGCAGCAGCAGUAGCGUAUCCACCAUGUUGGUGACCCAGGACUAUAUGGCUGUGAAGGAGGAUGAAAUCAGCGUUGUACAGGGCGAGGUGGUUCAGAUCUUGGCCAGCAAUCAACAAAACAUGUUCCUGGUGUUCAGAGCGGCCACUGAGCAGGGCCCCGCCGCCGAGGGCUGGAUCCCCGGUUUUGUGCUCGGACACACCUCAGCCAUUGUUUCAGAUUGUCCUGAAGGAACCAUCAAGUAAGAGCUCCAAGACUUAUUAGGGGAUAAAUCUGGCUGUUUACUUUCAAUGAGGUACAAUGUAGAAUUAGAGUUGGAUAUACAGUAGGGGUGGGACAAAAAAUCGAAACAGCAUAGUAUUGCGAUAUUUUGUCUGGUGAGAUAUCAUAUUAUUUCAUUUUUCAAGUAUCGAUUUUUUCAAAUGAAUUGCUAAUAUGAAGUCAAAUCUGUGAUAGUGGAAAAAUAAAAUCAACUGUUUGUCCAGUGAGAUUGGUAGAGGUGACAUCAAAGAGCAGGAGAAAGUUAGUAUAACAAAUAUAGCAGCACCUGGGAAAGACAUUAGGAAUGCAAGAAGAGCAAAAAUGAGAUGUAGCUGAAACAUAAGGUUUGCAAGAUGUGCAACAUGAAAGUAAAAUACUGCGUAAAUAAGACAAACGCAAAGGAAAGACAAACGCUAAAUUAGCUAAACAGCUGAAAAAACUGUAUGAAUCGCAGUGUAUGGUAUCGUAAUACUCACUGUAUUACAAAUCGUUAAAAAUCGCAAUUAUCGUAUCAUGGCCCAAGUAUCGUGAUAAUAUUGUAUUGUGGCCCAAGUAUCGGUAUAAUAUCGUAUUGUGUUAUCACUGGUGAUUCCCACCCUUGAUAUACAGUUUGUUUUAUUCGACAAAAACACAGCAGCAGUGGUCUCUUCCUGUUUUAGAUAUUCUGUAGUUCCCAGGUCCCAAGUAUUUGUAGAAAUGUAGAAAUCUAAUGUUUGUUUACAUAAGAGUAUAAUUACCUGAAUAUACAGACAGGUUAAAAACAAAAUGCACUCCAAAACUUACGCCUUUUAAAAGAAUAUGGAAACCAUUUCUUGGCUAUAGUGACGAGAGCAUUGGUAUUUCCUUUUUUUUUUUUCCUUUUUUCUAUUUGUUUAGCUUUUACUGUAUUUCACUCUAAGUUGCGUAAUGUACCUGUUACAUCGACCCAAAACAUAUCUGUUUGGGUUUUUGUGUUGAUAUUCCCAGCUUGUUGUAGUUGUACUCAUUGUGUGGUUUUGCUGUUUUGUCUGGUCCUGUCUUUUGUAUGUUUAUUUAUGAGGAAAAUUAAUAAACACAUCCCAAAAAAAAAAAAAAAACACCAUUUUGUAUGACUCAACAAAAUGGUGAGUCAUAUUUAAAAAGCAUCAGAGGAGCCUCUUGUCCCCAAAAGGUCACUGCCAGUUAACCAGGAGAGCAUCUGAGUGGACUGCUAGAUAUCAUCAAUAUUCCCAUGUCAGCACACUGUACCUUUAACUCCUAUAAGAGGAGAAAAUACUCAGAUUAUUGGGCUCUUUCUUGGCUGCCUACUGUUAUCAGUCCAAGAGCUUCAAUGGAAACAGUGACAUACAACAACAAAUUCAUUAUAAAGAUUUAGUCUUAAGUAAGAAGUUAUGGAUUUUUUUCCCAAUCAAACCAAAAUAUUCACAAACACAAUGUAAUAGUAGGAUUUUGUACUUAUAUCCCAGUAUUUACCCAGGUGUACCACUUCACUGUAAAACCGUUUGAUUUGAAUUUGCACCUUUCGUUGUCUCAGUAGGAAGUCUUCAUCCUGGCACACAUCCCUACGCAUCCGUAAAAAAUCUGAGAAAAAAGAGAAGGAGGCAAAGAAAGAGACCAAACUGGAAAACGGUUACAGGAAGUCCAGAGAGGGUCUGGCAAAUAAGGUUUCUGUAAAGGUGAGUCAAAGAUUGAAAGAAAUCGCACAUUCCUCACGUUGUGUUUUCCACUCUAAUGCUCUGUUUUUCUUCUCCUCAGCUUCUAAAUCCAAAUUACAUCUAUGAUGGUAAGUGAAACUUGAUCAAGAUUGUUAAACAUUGUGAACCAAACCUUUAAAAAACAGCUGGGUGUUAUUUUUCAUAGAGGAUUGUUACACAGCUUUGAAUGGUUUGGUAACCGUUGAAAACAUUUGACAGGACUUUAACUCUGAUGCUUUUAUUCCUCUGUUUUUCAGUUCCCCCUGAGUUCCUUGUGCCUCUGAGUGACGUGACAUGUGACAACGGAGAGACCGUCACUCUUAGGUGUAAAGUUUGUGGUCGACCCCGGGCAGCUGUCACCUGGAAGGGGCCCAACCAGAGCAACCUCACCAACAACGGGCACUUCAGUAUCACCUACAGGUAAGAAGACAUGUUUAGCUUUCACCUACAGUAAAGAAAAAAGUGCAAUGUGGGGAAUGUUGCUGUCUAAUGUUUGCUUUAGCACAGUUUUAUCAAUGUAAGAGGCAGGAAUCGUCAAGGAAUCAGUUCAAGUAUCAUGUGUCUGUUCAUUUCAGUGAUACAGGCGAAGCCACGCUGCGGAUUAACGGCGUAGCCUCUGAGGAUGAUGGUGUUUACACUUGUGUUGCCACGAAUGAGCUCGGCAGUGUAGCAUCAUCAGCCAGCCUCAGAGUGUUAGGUAAGAAAGCAGGCAGAAAACACUAAACAGUGCUGGUGCUCAAUGUUGACCUCAACUGAACAUCUGUCUUCUUUGUCACAGUCAUGUCCAGUGACGGGAUCAGAGUGAGCUGGAAGGACAACUUUGAGUCUCACUUUGCUGAGGUGGUUGAACUGGGCAGGUAAUAAACCCACCUUACUACUGAAUGAGAGACUAUUUUAAGUGUAUUUCUCACUGCUAUUAGAGAGGGUAGUCGGAGAACAAGUGGACUGGUCAAGACAGAUUUACUCAACAGUCACAUUUCUGGUUUCUGUAUUCUUGACUGUCUUUCUUUCACCAGGGGUCGUUUCUCCGUUGUCAAGUGUUAUGACCUGCGGGGCACUAAGCGUACGCUGGCGGUCAAACACGUGAACAAGAAACUGAUGAGGAGGGACAAGGUGACUCAGGAACUCAAUGUGCAUCAGAGAAUCCAACAUCCCCAUAUAGUCUGUCUGGUUGACACAUAUGAAACCCCCUACAGCUACGCUCUCGUCAUGGAGAUGUGAGUUUUGAAAUCGAAAUCUUCACAUCGAUUAGUAAUUAGCUUAAAAAUAAUGAUCAUCCAUCAUGAUGUAUUUGUGAUUGUGUUGUUUUAGGGCUGACCAAGGGCGUCUGCUGGACUACAUUGUUAGCUGGGGGAAUCUGACCGAGGAGAAAGUGGCCUGUUACCUACGGGACAUUUUAGAAGCUUUACACUACCUGCACAACCGCAGGAUAGUACAUUUGGAUGUAAAGGUAAGCGUUUUAUUAAUAACAUCCAUCCAUGUAGAUAUAGAUAUAUACCUUUAUCUGUCAAGUGCUGAAGCACAUUGACAAACUUUACUUACAGGCAUCAAUUCAAAAACUUGGCAUUAGAUUGUUGUAAUAUUUUCAUGAGACAACUAGGGAUGACAAUUGUUAAUAAUGUACGAUUCCGUUAUCGAUACUCAUUGAGUGAGAAAUAAUAGCAGAUACCAGAAAAUACGCAGCAAAUUAACCUACCAGAAUUCAGAAGCAUCUACGUUGGCAAAAGGAUGUAACCCUUUGACCACAAAUCUGCUCGGUGACAUUCGUUUAUCUUCACCUCUGUCAUUUUACUCUUCCCUGCCUCGAUGAAAGUGGCUGCCAAAGGUCUGCGAGAGCUACAUACCGGCUGCAGCCUCUGAGCUAGCAUGACUCUGGCAGUCAUCGUCAUCUAAAUGUGAUUCAAGGAAAUGAAGAGUAUUUAUUUAGCAAAAGGGGGUUAACAUGGUGCUAACAUGUACACAACAGACAGGACCUGGAGGAGUUAAACGUUACCUUCAGGAUUUAGACGCCGAGACGUUAACUCCGCUCCUGCUUUUGCUUGUAUCAGCCUCGCCUUUGCUAAGUAGCGUAUCAAACACGUUACACUUACACUGGGUGGACAAAUGUUUCUGCAUAUUGGAGGUAUUUUCCCCCCUUCGACAAAAUUAAAGAUUUGGAAGCGUUGCGAGUUGCAUCAUCUUUUAGAGUGAAAUACAGCCAAAACUGGAGUGCUUUUUCCUCAACACCACGCUGAAAAGUUCUAGACCAAAACUUCUCAUUUCUCACUCUUUUCACAUACUUCGUCAUCACGCAUAGAGACAUAAGAGGAACCGAUAAUCAGAAUCGUCAAGGAGGCAGACAAACAAUUCUUAGGAAUCGAAUCACUGGGAACCAGUUCUGAAAGAGAACCAGUUAUCGAUCCUCAUCCCUAAAGAAAACUCUAAUGGUUAUUCUGUGAUUCCCUCCUAGCCUGAGAACCUGCUCGUGGCCAGCUACAACAGCCAGCCAAGGGUCAAACUCUCAGACUUUGGUGAUGCCGUCCAGCUCAACAGUGCCCACUACGUUCAUCCUCUGCUGGGCAGCCCCGAGUUUGCCUCCCCAGAGCUGGUCCUAGGAGAGCCUGUGUCAGUAACCUCUGACCUUUGGAGUCUGGGAGUGGUGACCUACGUGCUGCUGAGCGGUGCCUCCCCUUUCCUCGAUGAGAGCGCAGAGGAGACCUGCCUAAACAUCUGCCGGCUAGACUUCAGCUUCCCCAGGGAUUAUUUCCAGGGGGUCAGCCAGGCAGCUCGGGACUUCAUCUGUCUGCUCCUGAGGACCGACCCAGGACAGAGGCCGCUGGCUGGGCUUUGCCUCCAGGAGCCAUGGCUGCAGGUCAGUAUGGCUGAUGGAAGAGCUAGAGCAGAAAGCUGCCUGGACACCUCUCGCCUCAUCUCGUUCAUAGACAGGAGGAAACAUCAGACUGAUGCCCGGGCCAUGGGAGGAGUCAGGAGCUUCAUCCAAAGUCGCCUUCAGACCCAAAUUUAA